GUCCCCGGCGCACCCACCGCCCUGAGCUCGGGCUACCUGCCCGCUCGCUCGCCGUCCCCAACUUCCUAGGCGCGCUCGCGGCCGGGACCGGCGUGCGCGCUCCCGGGGCCUCUCUAAGGCGGAGCAGGCUGAAGGGCGCGCGCUCCCGCCCGGCCAGUCGCGUGGUCUCCUUGCUUCUCCAUAUUGCUGCGGCGGCAUUAGAGGAGACGGGGAGGGGGCACGCCGGGGUUGGGUUUCAAGGGUGGGGGGAGGAAGCCGGCGGCUCGAGCCCCCACCCCGUGGCUCCGGGGUGCGCAUCCGACUGAGGAAGGGGUUGGGGGGCGCAGAAAGAGAGAGAGAGAGAGAGAGGGGAGGCAGGAGAGCUCCGGGCGAGGCGAGGCGGUUUUCGGGGGUGGGAGGGGGAAGUCGGCAAAGUUUGGGGCGGGCGCGUGUUGUCCGGGGAGAGCCUGGAGCCGGGGGCACGAGGCGGCUCCGCGGGGGCGCAGAUGGCUACCCAGGUGGAGGCUCUCCUGCCCGCGAACCCCCUGCUGCCCUCCGAGGAGCACGGGCUGGUGAUGAAGAAGCCUCAGGAGAAAGGGGAGCAGCACCUCCUGCACCAAGGAGAGAAGGCCAACGCCGACGAGGGCAAGGGGGGCGGCCCCGACAGCUGCAGCAAGGAAGGCGGCGGCGGCGGCAACGUGGGGGAGCAGCAUCUGCGCCGAAACGGGGCGCUGCUCAAGCCCCCCAGCAUCAAGCAGCAGAAGGAGGACAGUAACAACCAGGAGAAGGAGAACCUGCUGCACCAGAGGAGCGGCGGCGGCGGCGGCACCGACUCGACGCGGCUGCCCAGCGAGGCCGGUAGCAGCAGCAGUGGCGGCGAGGAGGGCGGCGAGCCGGGAGGCGUUGGGCGCAAGGAAUUCAUCGAGGCCCCCCCGCCCAAGGUGAACCCUUGGACUAAGAACGCCCCGGUGGCGCUGGUCACCCUCAACGGACAGUCGCCCCCAGGUGGGUAGCAGCGGGGGACCCGGGCGAGGGAGGGAGGGAGGGGCGGUGCUUUCGGUGAUGGUGGUCUCGUUUGGGGCAAUCGGCGAAGGAAGAGCGUCGCGGCCACUGGCGGAGGGCGAUCUUCCCUCCGCAAUAUGGUGACAUUUUCUCUUCUCCACACACACACACACACACCCGCCUCCCCCCCCCCGACGGUGGAACUCCACCCCGUCUUUGUCCAUCUGCAUCCACCCUGCUUGUACCUCACCUCGCCCUCCGCUCCUUGAUCCGCUUCGUUAUAAGAAAAAUUAAUGGGGGGAAAGAGCGAGCGCGGGAUCGAUGGUAGGCAAAUGGAGGGUGGAUGCAAGCAUGGUGGGACGGGGCUUUCGAAAUCGAGCGUGAGACGUCCAAGGCCUUGCUCGCUGGGAAACACGCCCGCGCUGGGCAUGGGUGGAACUACCUUUAUUGAAGGGAAAGAAAAGAAGGGGGGAGCGGGAGGAAGGGUGCCACCCCCGCGUGCCUCCCCAUUUCCCGCGUGCGUGCUCAGGGAAUCGGGCUUUUCCUGCCGGAACUGAAGUGAAUAAAUCUGUUAAGACUUAAUCGGGCACGGAAGGCACCCCCGCCGUUGCAGCAUUGAUCGGAUCGUGAAUGUUUCAUGAGCGAUCCCCCCCCCCCACGCCGCUUCCUUUCCCCGAAUAGCCUCGCUUUUUAAAUGGCGUGGUGGUUGGUUGGCUGAGGGGGAGACGAGCUCGUGAGGCUUAGACGUAACCCCGACCGAAAGUCGGCAGGGAAGCCCGGCAUAUUUGGGGUGUGUGGAGUGUGACUGUGACCUUUCAAAGUAGCCGGAAAGGAUUUAAAAAUGCAGGUUGGCUGUUGUAGUUUAAAACUGUCGAACGUUUAUUUGUCUUCUACACGGUGGGGGGGGCCGACAGCUGGGGGCCCCUUUGGCGAAAGACCCCUGAGGAGAGCAUGUUGUAUGCAAAUAGGCAUAGGAAAGGGAAGGCCCCAAAGGCUGGACGCGGCCCGGCGGCGGCCGCGCUGUGAGGCGGGGAGCGGGAGGGAGGCGGUGCGUUUCCGAAGGUUUCUCGCCGCGCCGCUCUAGGCCCCGGUGCAAACGUGCCUCUGGCGACGGUUUGAAAGCUCCCGUCGCUCAGCGCCCCGCCGCCCAAUGGCCGGGCGUGGGUGUGUGACUCUGUGCGCCGCCGUGCUCGGCGCUUCCUCCCUUUCCCAGCAUUCCGCUGCAGCAAAGGCAACGUGGUUUUUCUGUCGCGGAGAGCAUGUGAUUUCUCCUGAGCUCGCCGUGGGGCCUUCCCGUUUGGACCUCUCUUCCUUUCACUCCCCGCCAGUCCAACGACCCCCCACCCCUGGGCCGCCGCUCGCCUUUCUUUUGACAGGCGGCUCCGAAGAAACACCCCCACCCCCUUUCAGGGCCUCAGCGCGUAUUUUUCCGAGGGUGACAGUGAAACCCGCUCUACCCCACCCCCACCCCGUCAAGCGGGUGAGAGCAGGAAAAGAUGAGCUAGGCCUCGCACAUGGAAGCUAGGCUUCCCAUGUGCGCCCCCGUCCUCUGCAGUACCGCCUCCUCCCUUUCAGUAACCCCGAAACACUCGCGAACACGUGUUACAAUGCUACUGGAGGAUCCAUAUGGUAGUGGAUGUGGGACAAAGGUCUUCUAAAAGUCCACGUGGGCUUAUAUCCUUUGUAGGUUAAAGCUGCUGGGCCUUUUCACCCUUCGGGGUUUGAACUGGGCCAGUACUGUGACAUUUAAACCUUCGGCCUGGGUUCUCAGUGUGUUCAUAGUUGGAAUUCAGAUGACAUGCUCUAGCCCUCUAUUUCUAGCUUUGAAACUGGGGGAAGAGUGGAAUAGAGAGGCUGGAGACUUGCCUGUUACACUGAGGCGGUCGCUUGGAAUGUUACAGCAACUUUCUCCACCUUUUGACAUAUAUAGAUGGCCUUGGAGAAAUUCAAGAGAGUAUUGCAUAAUCAGACCACUACCAGAAAGCUGUUUCUUAUAUGCCCCUUCCAUAUGUUCCUGGAUGAUAUGCAGGGAGGGCAGGCAUAACUUAUUACAGGAGAGAUAGCUAAGCUCAUGUUUAGCUUAUGGAGGUGAAAUCUGAACUGCUUUUUGAGGAAACAACAACAAAAGGAGCAGUUUUAAACUACUAGCUUUAUUGAGUCCAAGUCUUCAAAAUUGUUUAUAUUAUUGCCAAACGUAAUACUAGAUUGCUCAUUAAUGCUUGUACUAUAUUAUAUGAUGAAUCAUCAAGUUUUACUGACUCCUGUAAGACGCACUGCUGUGCAGCACCUGGCUCAAAUGCUGUUUUUCUCCCUUCAAAAUCAGGGAGUGGUAGUGCUUAUUAUCACAAAUGCAAGAUCAUUAGAAUAGAUUUAAUAAUACUGUCCAGUCUGUUCAACUGUGUCAGCUUAGAAGUAUGAUAAUACUGGCUUGUUGGGACACAUUUAUGAACGAGUCUUCCAGAGGUUAAAGUUCCAUUACGUAGAGAGUUUCUAGCAUGCUUUGUAUAAUAUUGAGUGUACUUGGAACACUUGGGAUACUUCAUGUGUUAAACUAGUUGGGUAAAUUACUUUUUUGCUUUACUUUUGCUGGUAAGAUACCAUAACUGAAAUUCAUUAUUUAAAUGUUUUUGUUUUUAAUGAACCUUUUAUGUAGGUGAACACGUGUAAAACUUUAUGAGGAAGCCCAUAACAGUACAAUAGUACAAGUAGACUUUGUCCCUAAAUAAGAAAUGUCACUUUUGUGAAAGAAACAUGUAUAGGGCACAAUGCACUUGUGUGGUGGGCACUUUACCUACAAACGGAAGAUUCCAGUAGUGAUUAACAGUUUUGUUCUCUUCUGCCCUUCUCCUCUUACCUGUGUGUGCACACAGAUAGGUGAUAUGACAGGACAGCCACCUCACAUAUCCCCAUACUGAUAUUCUAUCAUCACCUGAUGCAAGCACAGCUGACUUGCAAUGCAUGGAGAGGGAGGAUUGGACAGGGAUAUUGGAAGUACUUGCAAAUCUCCCUCCACCCAAUUGACUUGUUCACAAGUGCCAUCUCAUGGUGCAAAUGGAUCAUACCCAUAGUGUUUCAGUAAUCCACCUUUUGUAGGGCUGUCUAAAAAGCCCCCUGGUAAAGCAAAUGCUGCAAAGAUUUCUGCUUCUUGGCAGCAGUGGCCAUAAUUUGUACAAUACUAGCUUUGGCAAAUUAUUCCGCUCUCGUAGCACUGUUUUUUCUGCUGCUUGUUAUUUUAUAUAUAAUUUGCAACAUAAACAUGAUGUAGUUGGAGAAUACCAGAUUGAACCAUGCAGUGAUUGAGAACUAUGUGAUAGGCUUUGGUUUAAGGUGGCUUUCUUUUAUAGCAUGUUGCACAAAUUAAAAAACUUAAUAUGGGAGUUUUCUCUAUUUAGUAUUUUCUGCUUGAAAAUAUAUGUGUAAGCAUCCUGAAGUUUCUGUGCUAAGAAAAAACUUUGUGCGUUGUAGUAAUGAUUUCUAAAGCUUAAUAUUGGCAAAGGUGAUGUGGCAGCUGUUUUUCUAUAUUUGGGAAAUUUGCCCACAACUGAUUUGGGAAAAAAUGCUACUUGCAAAUAAGUCUAUAACUUGUAUCAAACUGCUAGUGUAUAAAUAUAUAUGUAUAAUUUUCAGCAGCUUCUGGUUUUGGCACUGACUUAGUCGCAAAGUUGCUGCAUCAUGCCCUUCUGGACCAUGCCGGAGGCUAUGUUUCAGUGUAGCCAUAACACCAACUCCUGGUUUGGUUCCACAAGAAUUUUGCUUGACUUGAAUCCAGGUUGCAAACCUCAAAGCAGACUUGUAAUCCUGGUUUCAAGACAAGUGCAAAGCAUAAUUUUCCAGCUCCCACAUAAUUAAAAAUAAUGGUUUGUGAUAAAAAGAAAGUCACAUUGACUUAGCACGUAUAGGGGGAGGGGAAGUGUGCUAGCACAAGGCUCAUGCAUGGAAUACCAAAUCAUUGUUUGGCAUUAUGUGUGAACCAGCCUUGUUCUUGAUUACCCAGAACAAUGGAUAUGACAUCCUAAAAGUAUAAUUGAGCUUUUCAGCUUGCUGUUUGAAUUUUGCCUGUAGUAUUGGGCAACAGACUGAAGGGUUGUAAGAUAGAAGUGCAACAUCAAAUGUGAUGCCAAAUAUAAUGAUAUUUUAAAUUGUGCUGCUUACAGGAAUGUCUUUAAAUAAUGAUGCUACAUUGAAUGGCACAAACAAGAUUUUAUCUGAGGAGCUAAGUUCAGUCCAAGGGUGCAUAUUGAGAAUUCUGAAAAGCAUUUGUAGGUGGAUUACAAAAGUUUGUGGAAGGUACAGUUGUAGAUUAUUUAUUUUGACAACCUGGUAUGGUCAGUGCAUGUUUGUGUAGAAUCCCACUGUUUUCAAUGGGAUCAACAUCCAAAGAGCAUAGUAAUGGACUUGCUAUUAAGGCUGGUGACAAGUAGACUGGUGACUCUCAAACACUGAACGUAUUUUGAUUUUAAAAAGCAAUUUUCUGCAUGCAGUUAGGACAAGCGAAGGUGCUGCAUGUCAGAGCUUGAUUAGCUAGGAGGAAGUUGUCUUAUAUCUGAGCUUUGCAAUAAUGGGAUAUAGGCCUGUCUGGGAGCUUGCUGGUUUUUGAGAAAAAGUUGAGAAAGCAGCCAUUGCUUUUUGUACAUCCAUGCUUUGUUUUAUGGUAAUACAAAAGUAACAUAAAUUCAGAAAGCGAUUGAGUAUUGUGGUUCCCCCCAACAAGUCCUGGAAAUGUGUGUGUCUAUAAUCUCUGGGACUUUCAUAGUUCUACAUUUGGAUGGCCGCUACAGAUUAAGUUACAGCAGAUUAAAGUGGCAGGCCAGUGCAUGGUUAUUCAGUAGUCAGUGAACAGAGCUUGUUCACAAACAUGCUAAUGAUCAGAAUGUAGAGAGUGAUCACUGGAAUAGGAUAGUGUGAUAAAUCAUUGUUUGACUUGUGAGGUAGUUGCAGGUUCACGUAACACAGAUAAGUAAUGCUUUAAUUACUGUUCCAUCCCAAUAUGGUGAUGUGCGAGAUGGUCUUCUGUGUUGUUGUUCCCCAAAUCUGGAAUGUCUUUCUCACUGAAGCUCAGACAGCAGAAACUCUGGUAGUUUCCGCUGACUUGUAGAAAUAACCUGCUUUUCCCAGGCAUUUGCAGUAAAUCAGUAAGUACUCUCUGGUUUAAUUCUCAUGCUGUUUCUCAAUUAAUUAUUUUAUUAUUGGGCUGUUUUUAAAUCAUGGUUAGAUUUUUUGCUUUGUUGGAAAUCACCCUUGGAUCAUGCUGAUGUGAUGAAAGCUGGCCUAUAAACUGGAGGACUAAAUAAAUAAUAAACAGAAUAUUUGGAUCUUCUAGUCUGGAAAACAGUAGACUGUGCAGAGGAGGUUUAUGUGCACUUUACUACUAUUGCAACUGAUAUAUAAAAGAAACCACACAAUUUUGGAUUCUAUAUUUCUGAGAAGAGCCAUUGUGUUGCCUCUGAGGUUGCCUGGUGUAUGAAUCUGAUAUGUCACAGUUGCUCAGUCAAUUAGCCAAAAAUUUUAAAAUCACCUUAUGGUUUUCCAUGAGUUGAACAAACACAUUUUUGUGUCUUAUAAAUUAAUAUGUGAACUAUACUUCUUGAGAAGGUAGCCAAGUGUCCUAUUCUCCACCCCUUUUUGCAUGAUUUUGUAGGAUAAGGUGUUCCUCCACAGGGACACACCUUUAUUCACCCUAAUCUUAAAAGUUUCCAUCCUAAUUGUUUUCUGUUUGAAAAGGUUAUUAAAAUAACAUGUGACUCAGCUGACUGCUGCAGAAAAGUGAGAGCUGAAGCGCACUUACUUCACUUCAGUUCAACCAUGAAACUAAUUUUGCUAGUUGUGAGAGAGCUGACCGCAGCAUGGUUCCAACCUUUUUUCUGCAACAUGUCACAGCAUUGUGGGUGGGACUAGAUAACGUAUCAGCAGCAUGUUUUGCCCCUUUCUGUGACAUAUUGCAGUAUUGUUGGCUUUGAUUAACUCUCCAGAAAUCGUAGGGCUGCAACAUCCAUCAUCCCCAACUAUUGGCCAUGCUGGCUGGGGCUGAGGGAAAUUGUGAUCUUAAAACAUCUAGAAUAGGCUUCCUCAACCUCGGCCCUCCAGAUGUUUUGAGACUACAAUUCCCAUCAUCCCUGACCACUGGUCCUGCUAGCUAGGGAUCAUGGGAGUUGUAGGCCAAAAAAUAUCUGGAGGGCCGAGGUUGAGGGAGCCUGAACUAGAGGGCACCAGGUAGGGAAAGAUGGUUUUAGAGUAAGGGCAGAAUUGCAGUGUUGGAAUUCAUCACCAAAUGUACAUGCAGCGUACUCCAAAAUUAAAGGAUAUGUUAUUUAAAAAGUUGGUUUAAUUAUGAUCUACUACUCAGGAAUGGUUUUUCUUCUUAAUGUUUGACAGAAGUCAUUUGGGUAGAAUUUCUCCUUUUGAAGUGCAUCAAAGGUCAUUUAUUCCCUUCACUAUGCCCUUCAGUUUUAUUCUAGACCUUUGCUCUGUGCACUGUUUGUUCAAGAGAAGCUGUGGAAUGUAAUGUUUGAGUGAAAACUGAUUCACAUCACAUUGUCUGGCCCUCCCUAGAAUAAUCCUAAAUCUCUAGGAUUUCCAACUGUAAAGGCUCUAGUUGCCUCUCAUUCAAGUUUUCUACCCUGUUCUUUGGUUUGUUUUAACUGGAACUGUCUGGGCACUUGCAUCCCAAGCCUAAAUAUGUAUGUUUGGAAGUGAGUACAUUCAUUUCUGUGUGAUUUCCUCCCAAAGUAGCUAUGUUUAGGGUUUUAGUCUUAUGGUCAUUUUAAGAUUAAUGUAUGAAUAUAUUUGGGACGCGGGUGGCGCUGUGGGUUAAACCACAGAGCCUAGGACUUGCUGAUCAGAAGGUUGGUGGUUCGGAUCCCCGCGACGGGGUGAGCUCCCGUUACUCGGUCCCUGCUCCCGCCAACCUAGCAGUUCGAAAGCAUGUCAAAGUGCAAGUAGAUAAAUAGGUACCGCUCCGGCAUGAAGGUAAACGGCGUUUCCGUGUGCUGCUCUAGUUCGCCAGAAACGGCUUAGUCAUGCUGGCCACAUGACCCGGAAGCUGUACGCUGGCUCCCUCGGCCAAUAAAGCGAGAUGAGCGCCGCAACCCCAGAGUCAGUCACGACUGGACCUAAUGGUCAGGGGUCCCUUUACCUUUAUGAAUAUAUUUCCCAAGAACAGUAUGCAAGGGUGCUUAAUGUUAUUUUAAAAGGAGGGAAAUGAAGGAUGUUCCCAGUUUAGAAAACAUUUUUACAUUGAAUCUUAAUGAUAAUCAGGGUGGAUUGUGACUUCUGCAAGCCCUCUUCAAGUCUCAAACGUAAAUUACUUUGAAUGUAAACAAACUGAUAAUCACAUGUUCUGUUGGUGAUUUUUACAUGGUAAGAAUUGACAGAUUUUUGACAUUAGAUGGUGUAAGAUGCAUUUUUCUUUAAAGCAGUUUUUCCACUAGGCGAAAGUGACAUAAAGACAGUAAUUGUCUUCUGUAAGAAUAGGAAUUCUUCAUUACCUGCACCUGUAUGAGACUCACGAUUCAGUCUCUCGCAUUUUAAGUUGAGAAUUUUAUUAAUAGUUAUAUGGCACUUGUUGCUAAAUAAAAAUGUAUCAUAUGCUCCUUUUUAGUAAUUCUUGUAACACCUGUAAGAUAGGCCAAGGUCUCCCAUUUUGCUGAUGUAGGGUGUUCGCUGAAAUAGGGUGUAUCCAACUAACACAUCCUGUCAGCACAUGCAUUUACAUUUGCACAAUGGAAAUUCCCCCUCCUCUUCCCACAACCUCCUCAAAUUUCCUUUAAGGGUUAGGAGAACCCCUAGAACAGAUUUAGGGAUCAUGCAGGGAGAGGAGAGAAGUUCCAUAGCACUGAUGGAAUCCUUGCACUGAUGGGAUACAUUAGUUGGAGAUCUCCCAUGUUUUCUUAAAAACACUUAAGUUGAAAUUUCAAUUGCUGUGGAUCAGCUUUUCACUUCACCAUAUCUUUGAAGGAGCAGGAUGGGCCAGUAAAUUGGAUUUUACAUUCCCACUCACCCCUGUGUUUUCUGAUUGGCCUUUGGCAGGAUUAGUGGAGUUGGUGACUCAUGAAGCCGUAGCAUGUACUAUGCAAGUUGGAUUUGUGUACAUGCUAAUAAAUAUCUCUGCCUCGGUUCUAGUCAGCAGGACAACAAUAUUAAGGUGUGACAUUUUGAGGAAGCAUGUGAGGUGAAGAUAAUUUUAUGUGUUUUGCUGACUAAAAGUGACAUAGGAAUAAUAGAAAUUUUAUAGUGAGUUUGUAGAAGACCUGACUGAAACCUUGCAGAAUUGACUUCAACACAUCUCCCUACUCUGAAUGCUCCUAGUCAAUACAGUUGUACCUUGUGUUGCGUAACCUCCAGGUUACGGAAUCUUCGGGCUACGGCCGUUGCAAACCCAGAAGUGGGUUUGCCGCUCUCACAUGCGCAGAAGUGCUCUGUGGCGCCAUGCACGUGCACAGAAGCGGUCCUCCGGUUACGGAAUUUUUGGGAUACAGCUGGGCCUCUGGAACGGAUCCCGUUCAUAACCGAAGGUACCACUGUAUUUUGUCUUGGCACAAGAUUGCUCCUUCUGGUCUCUUGGGCUACUUGUAUGGUUUUCUUUGUUUUAUAGAUAAGUCUUAUGAUGGGGAGAGCAGGCCAGUUGUGUUGUGUACUGUGAUGCAUAUUAUACAUUAUAGUUAAGGGAAGCUUGCUUGUUAAUUUGGUCAUAAUUUUGAUUUUUCUGGCUUGCUGUGGCUUCCUCAGUUUUGUAUUUGAAGGUACAUAAAUAAUUCAAUAAUUAAAUCACUGGCUUAGGAAUCCUGGUAUAAUGUACCUUUUAAAAACAGAGAAAUAACUGAAAUCCUGGUGAUUGGCUUCAUGCAAAUGAUAGAGACCCACAUUUUAUUGAGUAGUGAAGGGAUUAAUAGUGAAAAACGGCUUCAUAUUGUGGCCCUGCAGUGCAGUUGUUUAACCAGCAGUUUCUCUGGUCUGAGCAGAGACAAUAGCUGAUAGGACCUGGGAGCUGUGAAUUUCACUGUUGAAUGAAUUGAUUAGCUUAGCAUUGUGGAAUUACUGGUUUAUUUGCAUAGGAAUAUAUUUUGAAGUGCAUGGAGGGAGGCAUAGGAUUUUUCACCAGGAAGAGGGGACUCAAAUUUGAAUCAUUUGGGGAAUUUAGUUGUGUCAGUCAUAGUUCCCUUUGUGUGGGACUCCACAUAUGCUAGUGAGUUUACAUGGCAAUUGGCUACAUUUAAAAUAUUUUCAACAAAGAAGGAUGGUUUCCCAAAGCAGCUGCCAGUUGUCCAAUCUAGUGUGUGCAGUCUGUUUUAAUAGGGUGAUCUUGUGUGGGUGGUUGUUAGAACUGCAUGUCUUAAAAUCCAAGAGGCUUGUUCUUGCAUCCAUAGGGCUAGCUGGUGUUUUUAAGCUAUAUGGGCAGUAUCUUUGGUGAGAAUUUGAUAGUAUGGAAGAGUGAUUGGAGGACAAUAAUGGUAAAGAGGGUGCAGUUGCCUAGAUAUUCAGUGUUAAUCUGAUAACAGUUUAUACUAAUUGUUUUGAGCAACAUCCUGGAAGUUGAGCUGCAGUUGACCUUUCUUACACUUUGCUUUUUGAAAUACUGUUGGCACUCUAAAUGGGCAAGAGUCAUUCAUCUUGUAGCCAUAGCAGGCAUUUUUGUCUUACUUAUUUUCUGUGUAUUCAGUAGUGUCAGUGAAGCACUCAUAUUUAAUCAAGUUACUGCAGACUUUAGUUUUGUUAGUUAGUUCACUUGCAUAUAAAGUUCUCUGAAUAAACGUUGCUUACUUUAUAUGUGGCUUGUACCUAAAACAAAUGGCUCUCAUACUUAGUGUUAGAGAUUCAAAUAUAUAAGCUAAUUCUCAAAUGGCACCUUAAACUUGCGUUAUGGUUGCCACAAUAGAAUGUCUAGGUGCCUUUUUUGCAUUGAAGUUUAUUAUUAUUAAUUCAUUUUUGUACCACUUUGUAUUUUAAAGAACAAAUAUCUCUUUCCUUGAAUUUGUGCACAGAAUCCCUUGUUAGUGUGUAGUAAGAACCAAGAAUGUCCCCCAAAAUUUCCUCAGUUAUGAAUUUACUGGAUGGACUUGCAGAGCUGUAAGGAAAGGUUAAUGAGAUAGUCUAGGUAAAGAAUGGGCCCACAUUUUGUUCAUUCAGUGUCGUAAGGCAGUCUAGUAAGGCUAAAACCUGUCAUUCUUCUUUUAAGAACAAGGUCCACAUUAAAUGGCACAACAGAGCUUCACUUGCAGUUUCUGUCACAGGUGAAGGUUUGUCUCUUUGGAAAUAUUUGCUGGUGAAAGAGCAGGAUAAUCUUUUGCUAGGUGUGGGACUUCCUUGUCUAUGAAUGUCACAACUUCUGAAGAGGAACAAGGGCCGACAUCUUGCUGCAAAAUAGCCCCAGUCUUACUAAUAUUUGUGGUGCAGUCUGUGUGAGAAGGUGUUUAGCAGAAUGGCUGCUUCCUGUGGCAAUCCAUUGGAGUGCCCAGUACAUAUGGCAGGCAUAGGCAAACUCGGCCCUCCAGAUGUUUUGAGACUACAAUUCCCAUCAUCUCUGACCACUGGUCCUGUUAGCUAGGGAUGAUGGGAGUUGUAGUCCCAAAACAUCUGGAGGGCUGAGUUUGCCUAUGCCUGACAUAUGGCAUAUGACAACUUAGUCUGCUCUCUGCAGGAUGUGAGGAGAGGGCGCUUUAUGCUAGAGUGAGUUCUUGUAGCAUUAUAGGACUGAUACUUUGUAUGUGUUCAACAAAUGUAUCUGUGGGGCUUUCUAAGCAUCUAUAGUAUGUCAUGCUUGUGAUAAAGUGUCUGGACAUUGCUGAGCUGGUAUGGUAGCAUGGACAUUCUCAUUAUUCAGAGAGCAAAGCUGUCAGUUCUUGCAGUCCUAAAUCUGUGAAGGAAGAAAAUGUCAUUGAUUGGGUGGAUUUAAAACCUUUUAGACUGUGUAGGCUGUACUAGCUUUGUAGGGUAGACCGAAGUGUGAAGGAGGUCCUGAGCUGUAGAGAUGCUAAGUCAGGUUGGUUAGUGUUGGACCAUAAUCAAACCCCCCACUAUCAAAGUCCUUCUAGCAUAGCAAAGUCACAUUCCCCUCCCCCAAGGCUCACUCAUGAUAACUAUCCAUCUUGUAAAGAUUGAGUCCAUGCACCCUUAUCAAGUGCAUUAGUGAUUUCAAGCAAUCAUUAACACCACCAUAUCUGGCGGAAAUAGGGGAAAAUAGAGUUGGGUGUCUGCAUACUGGUGGCAGCUUACUCAGUUUCUAGACAGCUUCUCCCAUUAGUUCCAUGUUGAGACAAGAUGUGGAACUUUUAUAACUCCUCUGACCCGGUUAUUGUAACUGAUAAUACACUGCCCUAAACUGUCAAAUGUUGCUGUGGUGCUACUACUGUAGUUUAAUGGUGGCACCAUAACCAUUUUUUUUCACUUGGAAAAAUGCAGCAGUGGUGUCUUACUGCUUAUUGAAUACUAUUUGUCUAGAAUUUAUGGUGGUCUGACAAAAAUGGGAAACAUAGGAAGCUGCCUUACAGAGUCAGAUCACUGGUCCAUCUACCUUAAUUUGGCAGUGGCUCUCCAGGGUUUUAGAGAGGGAGUUUUCCCCAGCCCCCUAGCCAGAGUUAAUAGGGACUAAUCCUGGGACCUUCUGCAUGGAUAGCAGAUGUUCUGCCACUGAGCUGUAAUUGGCCAUGGAAAACUGCUUCUUUUGAUUGAUUGUUCACUCACAAUGAACUCAGCCGAAAUGAAGAAUCUGCCCAAUGAAAAGUUAUUUGAAAUCCAAGCUUUUGUGUAUCAUAGUUUAACUUUUGCCUCUUUUUGUGGUACCAGCACAUUCGUCAGAAUGUACAUGCUGCCAGGUUUGUAUUAUACUCUUUAUAGUGAUUCUGCAAUUACAAAGAGAUUUCUGUCAAAUCUGUGCAUCUUACACUUCUAUAGAAGAUAAUUAUAUUAAGCAGGGUUUUGUUUGCAAAUAUCAUGACUUGAAAUGACUACAGUGGUACCUCGGGUUAAGAACUUAAUUCGUUCUGGAGGCCUGUUUUUAACCUGAAACUGUUCUUAACCUGAGGUACCACUUUAGUUAAUGGGACCUCCCACUGCCGCUUCACUGCUACCGCACAAUUUCUGUUCUCAUCCUGAAGCAAAGGUCUUAACCCGAGGUACUAUUUCUGGGUUAGCGGAGUCUGUAACCUGAAGCGUCUGUAACCCGAAGCAUCUGUAACCCUAGGUACCACUGUAUUGUUAUCAAACCGUUUCCUGUAUAAAAGAGUUCUGUAUACUGUGCUCUAAAAUACACUUAAGCAUCUUUUUUAAAGUUUGAAUAUUAGAGCAGCUCAGCUAUAAAAUUCCCUUAUUUUUUUAAUUUCUUGAGGAAGCAAUAAUCUUGCCACCUAAUUUACCCAAUGACUGUGAUACCAGUAGGAAAACAGCACAAAAACGAGCCUCUUAAGGAAGCAAUUAAAAUACUCUUGCCCUUAAUUUGAAGGAGCUGCUAUUCUAGAAUGCUAUUCAAAAAGAGCAUUAAAAUAAGUAUUGCAGGUGUGAUUGCUUACCCUGUUCCCACUUAGCCUGUUGGAAGCUGGCACCUGCAAUAGUCAUGGCCAGCUGGGACGGGAUAAAAAAAGUCAUAUCCAUGAGCACAGUGGGUACUGUUUCCCUUUGUGCCUGCCAGGAGAGAGAGUAUGAGUGCAGUUAGAUACAGAGGCAGUUGGAAUGUUCCUCUGUUUUAUCUCAAGAUCUGUGGUUUGUGUGUAUGUACUCCUCCCUCCCAUAUUUUUUUGGUGGGGAGUGAGAGGAGUAUGGGGGCUGGAGGUCACUUUUACUUGCUGCACAUGACCAAAUUAAAAGGUUGCUCUAAAUUACCAUUCAGAAGUUAACUUUUGUGGUCACAGUAAUGGCACACUCUUGGAGAAUAUUAAUAAUUCAGCCAUUCUAGUAGUAGGUAGAACUCCUGAGAAGUAUCUUUGUAUGUUUUAGAGAGAAGUUCUACAUACUUUUGGAAGAAGCUUUAAAAAAGCACGUGAUUAAAAAUGAUACUGACUGGAAGAAGUUUUAGUGUUGUCUUUAGCCAAACAGUUGUUGUGAAGUAGUAAGUUAGGUUGAGAGGGGAAAACAUCUGGCCCAGUCAUUGAUGACAUGGAAUUCUCUUUCAAUAUUUGUUAUAUGAGGGGGAAACAUCUGGCAGAACCGUUAUUGGGACAAUAAAGUACUGCAAACGCUCCAUGUGUGACCAGCAUCAAAACUGGAGGGUGCUCAGUGGCUGUAGGCUAUCCUUAGCAUAAUCUAUCUUGUCCCAGUUUGUCCUCCCAGUGGUACUUUUAUGUGACGCAUGGCUACAUAAUGAGAAAAUUCAAUAGGACUGCUGCAGUACAAAAAUGCUGCCUCUUCUUUACAGAUAACUGAUUUGUACAGUAUUGAAAGUUCUCCCUAUAGUUAGUCACAGGUGUUGUGCAAACGAAAAAUAUAUUUCCUUGUUUGAUUGCAGUGCCUUCUUUCUAACUGGAAUGGCCAUUGAAAGGCUUAGCUUAAACUGAGUGUCAAGUCUGUUGGCCUCCGUAUAUCCUGUAGUGCCUAGAGGUGACAGGUUUCCUUCAUUUGCUGGCGGAAGGGCAGUGAAGCAGUAUAUCUGGUUCAUUGUAUCUCCCUCCCCAUGGCUCUGUGUGUCUAACAGUAUCACUUAAGGCUUACUGGUGAUUAAAAGGCAGAGCACAGGAGCUGGGUCACCAGCUGCUUCACUGGACUGAUAAAUGGGCAUUACUUUUCUCUUGUUCAUUCUUAAUCCACCUAGUACUUUCUCCACACUGACAGUGGGGCACUUGGUCUUGUGGAUCAGGCAAGGAUUUUGCUACUUAUCCAAUUUGCACAGUUAUCAGGAGGGUGGGGGCUAUGAUAGGGAAUGUCCCGUUCUCUCCAGGUACAGAUAAGUCGCUGAGAGAAAAAGCAGCUGUGACCUUUUAUUUUUGUAAUAUACACCUGUAUAUAUGUUAGCCUUCUUAGUAAGUUCCCAAAAGUUACUAGCCUGCAUUUUCUUUUUAUUUGUCUGUUUUACCUCAAAUGGGGAAUUUCCCUAAAAAUCAGGCUGGUGAAUUCCCCCUCUCCCCAGGUUGGUCUGGAAAUGCAGCAAGUUGGUGGAGGAGGCAUGGAUUGCUACCUGUCCGCUUGAUUUCAAAUUGGACAUGCAAGAAGGGGCUUUGCUUCUUCUAUGUCCAGCUUAGAAGCACAGAUGGCUGGUGGAUUGCUCCAUUCCUCCAUAUCUUGAGUGUUGUGCUUCUGCUUCUCUUCCUUCGUGGCCUGGGCGGAAGCCAAGUGGACUUGUGAAAGAUGGACAGAUUGCUCUGCUCCUCCUUUGCCAGACUACACGCUGGGGUGUGGAGACAAGAUUCCACGUUCUCUCUCUGGUCGCCAGUGGCAUCCAGAUGAGUGGUUAAAUGCAAGACUGGUGUAUAUGUUUUAUCGCAGUAGUAAUUGUUGGAAUAAAUCUUUUCAUAUUUAUUUUCAAAUCUUAGAGCCAAGUUCAGCAGUUUGGCUUUUGUUGCAGGUUGGGUCAGGUUAAAACUGUAGCAUCUUUAUGGUUUACUGUUUCAUUGUGUUUUUAAAUUUUUGCUUGCAGGUAAAUUUACUCAAAUCAAAAAUCAAAGUUUGGACAUAAUAGCUACCAUAGCUUAACCUCUCAACCUUCUCUCUCUCUCUCUCUCUCUCUCUCUCUCUCUCUCUGUGUGUGUGUGUGUGUGUUAAAAUGAGCUAGCAGCACUCCUGUUUUAAAACAAAUUGCACAAGCCUAUACUUGAAUUGCAGCAUGCGUGAAUGUCAUAUCACUUGAUUAUAAGCUGAAUCUUAAUGCACUGUAUUGCCUAACACAAAAUAAGAAGGGAUUGUGAGCCAUCUUUUGAUCUGUAUAUGUUUAAAAUUGAUAUUGCACCAGCUGUGUUUGAAAUUCGCCGGGCACCAGUCACAAUUUGUGACUGCCAACCGGCAUUUUGCAACUGGAUGGAGAUCUCCGGGUGCCAUCCUUGGUGCCUAUCAUCUCCCCCUGCCUGGUUGCAGUCAGCUGGUCUGCCAGGCACAGCGGCAGCAAAAGAGGCACAUCUUUUGCUACCACGCUAUGCUGCCAAACGCCUGAUUUGCCCGGCAGCGCAGCAGCAAAAGAUGCAUCUUUUGCAGCCAUGCUAUCCUGCGUACCACCUGAUUCACUUGGCAGCAAGUAUUUUUUUUUUCUGUUGCUGUGCUGCCGGGUGAAUCAGGUGUUUGGCAGGGUAGCGCGAGAUGUGUCUUUUGCUGCCGCGCUACCCUGCAGACCAUCUGAUUCGCCCGCGAGAUUAAUUUUUUUCCUGCAAGGCUGCUUGGUUUCCACCCUCCCCCUCAAAAGGCACCUAGACAUUUUGUUUUGGAGCCCACAACCCAGGUCCCAGGAGCCACAUGGCUCCUAACAUUCCUAUCCCAGUUUCUAAUACUGUGUACCAGGCUACUGCAAAUGAAUCAAAAAAGGCAGGGAGCAGUGUUAGAAACUGAGAUAUGAAAGCUAGGAGCUAAAUAGCACCUUAAGUCUAGACUACCACUACAUAAUGCUUUAUGGGGCUGCCCUUGAAGGAUGUGAUUUUCUUUGAGUUUUUUUCUCCCCUCAUCUUCUUUUUUCUGCUCUUUUUGUGGAAAUGAGCGCUUGAUGUCUGCUUAACACUGGUGGACUAAUUUUCAGAAUAAAUAAUAACUUGUACUAUAAUGUGCAUGAUUUCUGCUUUUAUUGUUUUUUCCUACUUCUCAUAAAAUGGCAAAAUCAAAGAGUUGCUAGGUUCCUUUACAGUUCAGUGGCUUUUAGCUCCAUCUGUAAGAAAAACUUGAAAUAAUGAAAUCAGUUUAUAAUUAUUGUCUGAGUAAACUAUUUUUAAUACACCAGACAUGACCAUUCAAUAGUAAAUCAAAGUAUGCGUAAUGUAUUUUAUGUUCCUGAAUUAACAAAAUGACUUUCAAUAGCAGUCAUAUUUCCCUAGUGUCGGAGGUUGAAUAAUAUGGAGAUCAGUGAUGUGACUCACUGUUGGUGUAAAGAGAGGUGCAAAGCCAAAGCUCCCACAUUUUCCAGACAGUGUCUUGCUUUGCGAGCCUCUUAAGAAACUUGAGGCAAUCAGGUUGCUGCAUUUGAGGCAACUAAAACAAAAGUGAUGGAGGUUCUUUACUUUCCUGAAAUGGGCUCGUUUUGAUUUUUUUACAUAUGCUUUCGCAGGAGCAGUUCUUAACAAUCUCCCAUCUGCUUCUGUUCCAGUUAUAGUGGAUGCAGCCCAAAGAAAGUGCUAUCUUGUUUAGAAGGAGUGUGUUAGUUGCUGGUAACCGGCAUAGUAAAUUUAUAAUCUUAAACUUUCAGGGGCUCAGCUAGUGAAGGUGUGUCCUUCAAGCAGUCACUUGAGGCCUGUUGAAUGUUACUAUUGUGUGUCUUUUGUUGACUUUUUUAAAAACAGACAGACAAACAAAAUAUAUUGGCUAUGUUUGCCAGCAUCUGUAUUUUCCCAUCACCUUGCACGUUUUUCCUAGGCAGGACCAGCCAUCCCUUCAAGUAAAAUGAAGCAGGUGCUUUGGCAGCAGAUUCCAAAAUCAGUGUAACUAUAAAAGGGAUGUCAUCAAAGUUCCUGGAGAUUGACCUCUGGUGCUGACUGGCUGAACUGGAUGAUUGAGGUCACACUUUUCAGUGUUCAAGUGUAAGAACUCCCCUAACAGAACUACUUUGCAGAUAAUGUUUUAAAAUAGGUGGCUGUCAUUUAAAAAGUGCUAGGUCCUGGUUGGAAUAUUCUGUUCAAGAAAGGGGGAAAAAAACACAACAGGGAUAUUCUGUGGGCUGACAUUUGAAGUUGAUGUUUGCUUAAAGGUGCUGAUAAGCUUGGGCUCUCUGUGCUCUGUUGCCAAAGGACCUCUGGCUGUAUGUCAACCUCGCCCAUAUUCUUUUGAACUUCCUAAGGCAGGCUUUCAAAGGUUUUAUUACCUUUCACAAAUGCUACUUGUGUAGCCACAUAUUACCAAGAGCAGAAGUUUAAAUGUAUUUAGACUGUGUUUUUGUCACCCUGAACAUGUUGCUUAAUCCUUUUCCAAAAGUGGUUUUUGUCUGUUCAAUAAAUCCUAGGUACGGUGUGCAUACACAUACAUGUUCACUUUUAUAUUAAAAUACCUGCAUGCUUUCUGCAGAAUAAAAGCUGUGGCCUUCAGGAGUGUAGAACUUGGUUGUGUAGCACAUGUGCACCAUGUACAGAAAGCCAUGGAUUAAAUUCGAGGCAUCUGUAGUUAAAAGGAUCUUGGAUUGCAGAGUUGUGAAAGCCUUUGCCUUAACCUCUGUUUUUUGUGGCUUUAUUUGUAGACAUCCUUGAAGGUCAACUUGGAAUACUUGUGUAACCUUAAUGCAACGUCUAAUUCCCCCCCCCCCCCCCGUGUCGGAGCCAUUAUCUCUGGAAUAAAAGUGUGCAUUAGGGCUGGGCAGUAUAUCAAUAUAAUUGUUCACAUCGUGAUAAUUUUAUAUUAUUUGAGCUGGCAAUAUAUUGCAAAUCACAACAUUUGUAAAGACUAGGUGAUACCUGGUUUUCAACACUGCGAUAGCUCACCAGCUAAACAUUGCAAUGUCAUAAUGAAUACAAAUAAUCUGGGACUGCCACCAGGCCUGCUAGGAGGCAGAAGCAGCAGUGGCAGAAACAGCUCACCCUGACCGUGAUACGUAUCGGCAGAAGUGGCAACAACCUGCAAGGCCUUGUGCUGGUGGCACAAUCAAUGGUGGCCAGCGAGUACUUGUGGUGGCGACAGGAGCUGGUGACACAAGUGGUGACAGCCUGUGAGGCUUUGCGAUGGUGGCACAAACAGUGGCAGCGAUAGAGAGUGACAGCAGUAGCAGCAGCGGCCUGCAAGGCCUUGCAGGGGUGGCAGGAGGUGGGGGCAGUAGCAGCGGCCUGCGAGGCCUCGUGGUGGCGACAAAAAGUGGUGACAGUAACGGCAGCAACCUACAAGGCCUCACAGCAGCGAUGGGAAAUGACAGCAGUACUGGUGGCAGCCUGCGAGGGAGUGAUGGCAUUAACUGCACCCUGCAAGACUUUACAGCAAUGGGAGGUGGCGGCCAGUAAGGCCAUGCGGUGGCAGCGGCAAAAAGUAGCAGUAAUGGAGGCGACCUGCGAGGACUUGUGGUAGUGAUAUUGUGGAUUCUGCCGCCGCCGGGCUGCUGGCAAUCUGGCAGUCCCAGAUUAUUUUUAUACACUAUGACUCAUUACCAUACUCUGGAUUGUCCUGAAUACUACAAUUUGGUAGGCAAGUCCAAAACCAAAAGUCUCAUUUGGAUGCCUUUUGGCUUGCCUGUUGAUGAAAGUGACCAUGAGGUGAUUGAUAAUAUCAGUUUUAGACCUUUAAGUAGUAACAGUUGCUAGGACAUUGUCCUGUUCAGCUCUGCAUGGUUCCUUCUUUAUUUCAGAUAUAUUGAUAAUAUUGUGAUGUUUAGCUGGUGAUAUAUCACGAUAUUGAAAACCAGUUAUCGUUCAGCCAUAGUGUGCUAUUGCAAGCUGACCACAUGGAUUUUGCUCACCUGCUUGCUAAUCUUUCUCGUGGCAGAAAGCUGGUCAGGUGGAAAAGAUCCACAUGAUCGGUCUGAUCGUAUGGAUAUUUUUUUCCAGUGGCAUGGGAAUGCAUUAUAGGGAUGUUGCUCACUGUACUUAGAGAGUAUUCUGGAUAUCCUUUGGCUUUGAAGGAGUAAGGAUUGGGAUUAUUUCUGGCUGGGCAACAACUCUAGACCCUGCUGGUCGUCCUUGCUUAAUUGUCCCUUUUGAGUUUGCAGCUGCUUGCAUGAGCCAGAAAACAAGCAGCAGUUUGUUCUGAGAAUUUCUUUUGCCUGUCUUUGCAAAAUUUAAGAGUUUAUUUCAUGUUUGUUAUCUUGGGAACAUUAAAGCUGCCUCACUGACAAACUGCUCUGAUGCAGUUUUUUGUGUUUAGCCUGGUUGAAUAGUAUCCAUCUCAAACGUUAGUGAAUUUGAGGAACAGGUUGCUGAUGCUGAUGACACAGUAUGGUUAUUAAAGUUUCUUAAAAGGAGAAGGGGUGUGGAUGGUUUCUUAAAACAGGUGGAGAAACCAAUGGUCUUCCAGAUGUUGUUGGACUACAUCUCCCACAAUCCCCGAUCAUUGGCCAUGCUGGUUGGGACUGAUUCAAGUUGCAAUCCAGCAACAUUUGGAGGGCUGCAGGUUCUCCAACCCUGCUUUAAAAUACAUUUCAAAAUAUGUUAGCUUUUUCAAAGUGGAGAUAAAGAAAUGUUUAUUUGAGCUAUAAUUAAAUUCAGUUACUUUUGCUUGGACAUAAAUGCUGUUAGAAAUCUUUACUCUCUUGUAAACAAACAAAACUGAGCUUUUAUUAUGGUUUGGGCUCAUAGAUAGCUCCUAAAGCUGCAGCUGGUGUAUGGAGAGAGACAAGCCAAAUGCUACACAAGUGCCACAUGGUUUUAAACCACGAUUAGCGAUGUAGGCUGACUCAGCAAAAAUGUGCGAGGUUCUCCCUCUAUCAGUAUAAUGGGCUGUUUUGAAAACUUGCAUUAAGCUCCUUUUCAUAGUUCAUUGUUUGUUGCAGAUAAAACGUUGCAAGCCUUACAAAAAUAAUGGCCAGAAAGAUUGCUGUUUUAGUCUGCGGCAUCAAAUAAAACAGACUUAAAAAUUAACAAAUUUGUUGUGGGAUAAGCUUUCAUAGAGUAAAGUCUGCUUCAUCUGAUGCAUGAGGUGCUAUCAUAAAUUGACAUGUAAUUAUAAUAAUUUGUAUAAUGAACGACCCAGUUAACAUGAUUGUAUGGGCUCCUAGAGAGGAGAUUGUAGCUGUUUUGCUGCUCUCUGGUCACCAGUCCAGGUGCUAAACAGGCUUGGAGCUGGCCUCAAAUCAUAUCAUUAAAUAUUAGCUAUUUGUAUACUGUCCUUGAUAAGUGAUGUACAGCACAGGUUCAAUAUCUUUUUAAAAAAAUAUUUUCAUAUUACCAUCAAUGGUUCCCAGGGUGGCUAAUGGUAUUUCUGUGCAUUAAGAUACAAUAAAUAUAAAGCAAUAUUAAAACCAUCAAAUAGUGUCAAGUACUGUCAAUUAUAGGAAUAGGGAGCUUAAAAUACCAGAUAUAUUUUUAUAAAUCCUGGGCAAAUAAAGUUUUUGCAUGGCACUUAAAAGAUAAAGAAGGAAUCAAGUGGGUUUUAUUGGAGGGAAUUCCAAAGACACUAUAACACAGCCAUAAAUGUUCUUUCUCUAGUUUCCAUCUCCCUCUCCAAUUGGUGGAAAAUGUCACUAAAUAUUGAUAUAUGGGUAGUAGGGACUAGGUGUUGUUUUAGAUACCUGGAUCCCAAGCUGUGAAGGGUUUAAAAGUGAGCACCUUGACUUGAUAUUGGAAGUUGAUGAACAGCCAGUAAAGGUCUUUUUUUUAUUAUUUUUCAAAAAUCAUAUUUCUAAUUAGAGAUCCUAGUUUUUCUAAAAUGUAGCUGCUAGAAUUCUAACUGCAGCUUGCAAAAUCUGUUCAGGUCCCUCGUAACACAUUGCAGCAAAGUAUGGAUAACUGGCUAGACUGUUUGUGUCCAGGUUCAUCAGAGUUCUUCCAUUUCUCUCUUUAAAAACCCUGGUAAUUUCCAUGCUAAUCUGAGGAAAGCUUGGGAGAUCUUCCCCAUCUCUAGUAAUUAGCCAUGAGUGGUAAAGAUCAAGUGAACAAAAAGUAGGUUACGUAGCCCCAAGCACCUUGUCUUGCAUUUUCAAGCUGCAUCAACUGAAAUUCAUCCCACAAUGCUACAUCAGACAGUGCUUUUGACACAUCCUCGGACUGAACUGCCAUAAUUGUAGCAUCUAGACUCUGAUGAAGGUGAAGGUAAACGAUUUUGUCUUGACAACAUGUUUAGCAAACAUGUUACAGCAGGCGCUGAAGGUUUUUUGAAUCCUUUCAUGUGGUACUAAGCCAUGAGCUGCUUGGAAUAUCUCUGCUGGACAUCACUCCCAAGUAUGUGAUGGUUAGCAGAGAAGUGUUUCCUUGCUGUUAUGACCACAGAGUAGGCUCAGUAGUGAACUUUUACCUGUGUUUAGUCAUAUUCGAUGUGAGCCUUCUGCCACCUGCAUUCUAGUAGUCUUGCUGCCUGCUUCCUUAGCUAAGUUACUAGGUAAACCAGGGACCAGGCUCUGCCCUGUGAGAGAGAACCCUUAGGAACAAUUGUGCUAACUUCCUGAGCAAUUGAGAUGAAGGCUUGGUGUGCUGGGCAUGCCAACAGGACUCCUUGAGGACUUUUUGGAAACCACUGAAUUAAGUUCAUUUUUGGUCUGUCCUACUGGAUUUGCUGCUCCUACAGAGGGUGGUAGUUGCUGCUGGCUUAAACCCAGCAGGAAGUGGUCUGAACGUGACUGGGGAGGUACUGAAAAACCCUCCACACCACAGUGCAGUUGAGAACUGUAGGUCUGUAGUGUGGUACACCAUAGUAAGUCGCCCUGCCCCAGAACAAUUUUGGUGCUGCAUUAAUACGGCAAGUGGGUGUAGCUGAGAGAGUUCCCUUCCUUCAAGAAUAAAUAAUGAAUAGUAGUUUAGUUAUAAUUUACCUGGUAUUUAACUGGUCAUCUUUUGCAGCCUGGGUGGCCAGCCUGUGGGACAGCCAGCAGUUCUUUAUUGCACGCAGGAGUAGAAGAGGGUGCCUCUGGCAUAAGAGUCCAUCCAAUAUGCCUGCCACGUUGCAGUCAGAGCUCUUGCUCAGUACGCUUGAGGCAGAGUUGCAAUGAGGCAUGGAGGUUGGAUCUGCAUUGAAGGCUUUGUCAUUGGGUUUGAUGACAAAAGUGGUUGAUGAACUGUGUUUUACUAUUUGGGUGUUGAAGGCAAGAGUGGAAAUUGUCCAGAACAAUUAAGUGAACCUGUACGUGAGCAGAGAAUUAAGCCAGGUGCUUCAAAGUCAAUCCAAAAUCUAUCAGUUUUGUAUUUUUAGAUUCCACUAUUCAUCUCCACAUUCUCCAGAUUUUCUGUGGGGUCCGUACAGUAAAUAGGAUUCCUGUUCAUUUGAAUUUGCAGGCUGUGCUAGCUUGUCAGAAAAUAAAGGUUUACUGUGGAUGAAUGCAUCUGAACAGUGUUGUUUAUCAUUUCAGGGAGGGGGGAGGAUGACUGGUAAAAACAAAUUGCUAAAAUUUCAAAUCUAUUUUCAAUUCUUAAUUGUAGUAUGUAUUCUUAUUUUUGCUUUGCUUUACAUACUCCUAAACUGAUUGACCUCAAGACUACCUAAUCAAUUUGAGAAAUACUUGCUACAUUCUAAUUUUAUUUUUUGUAUACUGCCCAGGGAAUGUGAUUGAAGGGAGGUCUACUCUACCAUAAUAAAUAAAGCAACAUUGUAACGCGGGACUUCCGCACAGUUUCCUCAUUUCAAAGGCAUCUCAUCUCCAAACUGGGUUUUCUUAGAAGUUGGGGGAAAAAGCAAUGCUUGUGAAAAUCAGCACACAGAGACCAUCCUAAUGCAUAGUUAUAGUCAGUUUGGACAUCAUGGUCAGCCAUAGUUGAGAAUGCUUAACUACAGUCUAGCAUGGUUUCUGAAGAUUAUGUGUGGGCUACCAAACUAGAAUUAGAAGCCAUGGGUUGAGGUGGGUUUGCAGAUCAUGAUGUGGCUUGCAGAGAAGCAGCUCUGGGGUAGCCUGGUUCAGAUUCUCCUGUUUGGCCAUGAACCAUGCUUUCUGAUCUUGAGCUGGUUGUGGUAUCCUCACAGAAUUGUUAUGAGUGUAAAGUAGAGAUGAGGGUGGAGUGAACAUAAUGCUUAAUGCAGAGUAGAUAGAAAAUGCAAGUACAAAAGUAGCUCUGAAAUUAUUUUACGUAUUAUUGGGCUACUUUGUGUAAAUCUAUCGAGAGGAGUUUAUGUAAUAAAAUCACAAAAUGUAACAAUAAAAAACAUAAGCAAGGCACUAAAAAUUGCAGCAACAGCAGUUGGACAUCUGAAAGCUGCAGACCAUGAAACAUUAAAAAUUGUGUGAAAUUUAAAAAAUGAUAAAACUCAUCUAAAAACAGAAAGAAAAGAGGCCAUUUAUCCUAGGUUUCUGACACUCUUCAAUGGAACAUUUAACAGUAGAAUCCAAUGCAGGUCUACUCAGAUGUUUAAGAUUGCAGCCUAAGGCUCACAGACCUCAAACCCCAAAUCAUGGGGUUAGCCAACCAGAAUUAGCAAGUUCAAAGCAUAUUUUGAUUCCAAACAACCAGGCAUAAUGAACCACCUCAGUCUUUAAGUUCAGCUAGGGACCCUGCUUUCUGUCCUAUUAUUGUGAGAAGACAGGUGGCAAGUAUACGAGCCACUAAAGCUCUGAAACACUUCCUUACAUCAGAUUUCUUUUUGGCAGGAUUAUAAAGCUGGAAGGUGGAUAUAUAAAAAUACUGGCACUUGAGAGGUUAACUUUGCAGUGAUGGUUGUGUUUUGUCAACUAUCCAUGUUGGAUUAUAAUAGCUUUAUAUUUCAUGGUAUAUUUAUAUUAUAUAUUUGUACCAAAAACUGUAUUGGUUGCUACACUAACUAAGUUUUGUUGCUAUUGAUUUAGAAUUUUCCUUUUUAGGUCUAGGACACAUACUAGUUAGUACUUGAGCUACAGGCACAGAGGAUCUCUUUUGCAUGCCAAAAGAAUGCAACUUUCUCAGGCUUUGCUGCUUUCUUCUGCUUUACUUUUUUGUUGUUAAUCCAGUUAACCAGUGUUUAAAAUUAGAAACAUAUAUUAUUGAACCGUAUAGGUUUCUACACUGCUUAUAUCAUUCAGUUAUUUGAGUGAGUUGUGUCUUGUGUUGUUAAUUGCUUACACCUAAACCAUUUUAGGAUGCUUCAGAGCUAUGUUUUGCUCAUUUAAAUGCCCUAAUGGCAACUGUUCAAAAAGAACGUUGUAAUAAUGCUUCCAGGGGUUUCAUCUCUGUUUCUUUCCAGGCAUGGCUGGCCUUUGGACGGCCCUGUUAUGGGAUUUUAAAAAUCUGUCUGUGACUAAUGUAAGUUAUGCUUUUCUGCUUGAGUUCUUUAUUUUUGUACAGUUUUAAGGUACCCUUCCUGAAUGGGAACUGUUUGUCUUUGCGUAUUAAGUUUUCACUUUCCAGCAGUAAGUAGGAUUGUGUCUGGUAUGGAAUGCUAUCUAUCUGAAGAAAAUGAACCUGCAUCAAAACUGAGUCCCUCUGCUACAGGAUCUGUGCUUGGACAAGCAGCUAAGGCACUGCUACUACAUUGCAAAAGGGAGAGUGGUCACUCGGGCUCUCUGAGGCUCUGAAGGGAACUACAAGCAUUUUAAAUUAGAUUCUGGAAUUCGGCUGCCAACCCCUCUGCGCUUUUUGCUCUCCUUGUCACGGUGGCUGCUGCAGAACUUGUUGCUCCCAUUUGCAUGGGCCAAGAAGUAGAACAGAUCACCCUGUAUUGCUGGAUUGCAGCCUGUCACUCAUAUGCCGAGUGCACCAUUCUCUGCAGAGUUGGGCACAGGCCAGUUACCUUGGCAGAAGGGGAUGAAAGAUAUCUGACAAGAGGGAGGAGAUUGGCUUUCCUUUGCCGUGGGACAGAGAUAGGUGGCCUCUUUGGGUUGUCAUGGAGGGUUGAGGGUGGGAAUGUAGGCAUUAUUUAUAGCACUAAAUAUAGUUGACUCUGCUUUCAUAGAACAAGAUUUGGGUCAUGUGACCAUUUUCCUUCUUCCUUGGCUGCUCGACUGUGCUGAGAUCAUGUAUCUGAAUAGGUAAUAAUUAACUGUUAACGAGCUUUUCAUUAGAGGCCUGACUGUAUAUGCACAGGGAGGCAGAGCUAAGGCUCUGUGGAAAAACCUGCUUUCUCUCUCAGGACAAGGUUGCAAUGCUUUUAGGCUGAUGCCCCCUCUUUGAAUGCUUGCUAGCGUUCAUUCCCUGAAUAACUUGUGUGGCAGUUACUCCCAUACUGCAACACUGUUUUGAGGUACAACUUCUCGACAGUGAAGCUUCUUGGCUUAAGAGAGAUGUUGCUUGUAUGAGGUGCUAUUCAUUUUGAGUAUAAAGAAAGUCUGACCCACAUACCUUUCAAUUACUUUUUUGCUGCUGACUUGUUAAGCUGCUGUAGCUAUUGGGUGAACUUGAGCAUAGCUCUGUGAAGUUGCCCAGGUGAGGAUAGUUGUUAGAAGCCGGCAUCUUGUGUUCAUGGAGGUGCAUUGUGACAGCUGAAAAAUAUGUAGCUUUUCCCAAGAAAUGUCAUACAGUCCCUGCCUAUGGUCAUGAUAGACAGGCACAGGUGGAAGGACUAACGUGGCAUUCAGCUGGGUUGCAGCUCUCUUCCGGAAGUGACCAAAACCAGCCCACUCUUGCAUUCCCUCCUCCCUCUUUCCUAUGUUAACAGCUUCUCUUACCUUGAGUGUGUGCUUCCAGAUUAGACUACAGUGGCAAAUGCAGGGUUCUGAUACGGCAUAUAGCCUAUAGAUACAGAGAGCUGCUAAUUGAUUAACUUGCCUGUUUUUGGAAAGGCAAUCAACCUUUGGAUUUCCCACUGAAUUGUUGUUUUCCAGUUUAAUAUGCUGCAAGUGAGGAGGUACAUUUGUCAAAAAGCUGUUAUUUCUUUCUCUGUCUUUCCGUCUCUAGCCUGAUUUGAAAAGACACAGUGACCUAGCCUAGCUGAUUUUAAAAAGGUGUGUGUGGGGGGGUGCCCUUUGAAUUAGAAUGGGAGUGAAAUCCUUUGAGCAUAUGACCUUGAGCAUGUAAAUUAUUUGCCUUCCCUUGCUUUUAGCUCAAAGUGUGUGUGUCUGUUCAUGCAUGUGUGCUAAAUAUGCAUUUGCUGCUAACAUCAGACUGGUUUUUAUAAGCGCUCCUCUGUAUCUUUCUGGAACUGGUGUUUUUUUAGUAGAACUGCCUUGUAAGUGCAGGACCGAAAGGGCUGGUAGUGCAUUUACAGUAUGCUGCCAUCUGGUGAUAAAAGGUCUAUAGAUGCUUUUUGUGAGCUAUUUUGAUGGCAAGUUAGAACUUUAGAAUAAUUCACAAUAGAGGUGGGCAGGCUUCAGACUUCCAGAAUCUAUUCUGUUAACUGGAUUCCUGAGAAUCCACCACCUGGAGCCAGGUGCAGCAUACUGGCUGAGGUGUAGCCAGAGGCAAAAAGAUGGCUCAAGGGAGAGCCUGCUGCCUACUGCAUUGGAAUGAUUUGCAUUUACCACUAAACAUCUACAUGGGGAGUUACUACAAAUCCUGGUAUGGGGUGGCAGAGAAGCUUUUUUUUUUCUUUUUCUUUUUUUACAAUUGUUAACCAUUGCAAAUCGGAAAUCCAUUACAUUACAUUCAUGAGAAUUCUAGCACUGGGAAUGCUAUCAAUAUGGCUUUCACAACAUCUAAAGCAAACAGCUAUGGCAAAAAAAAAUUACACUACACAGCAGUUGCAGGAUACUAAUACCCUGUAAGGUGUUUUGCUGGAUGCCAUUAUGUCAGCUUUUAAAAAGUUUUCUUUUAAGGUUAUAUUUGUUUAAAGAACUGUGAUUUACAGAACAGUUCAAACCACUGAUCUGCUAUACUGGAGGGGUUUGUAUGGAGUGGAAAUAUCUAUCCACCUUUGCAUUGCCUGGCUCCAGUGCAACUGGACAGUAGUCAUAAGCUAUACUGCAGUGCUAGCCAGUGGAAACCCCCCCAAAGGGGUGAUUAGAUGCUGGCACAGGAUCUGCUGGAUCUUGAAUAUGCUCUGCUGUUGCCCUGUCACCGAAACGGGCCCAAUCCAGGCCUCUUUGCUACAUCAGCUUAACCCCUCCCUUUCUGCCCUAGCUGGUGUGAGCAAGCAGCAGAGCUAUGGAGGUGGCUGUGCUACUCCAUCAAGCCCCGCUGCUGUUCGCAGGAGUGGGGUGGAGUGGGGUUGGGAUAGUAGAAUCAUAGAAUUGUAGAGUUUAAAGAGACCACAAGAGUCAUCUAGUCCAACCACCUGCAAUGCAGUAAUCUUUUUGUCCAAACAUGGGACUCGAACUCAUGACCUUAAGAUUGAGUCUCAUGCUCUACCGACUGAGCUAUAGUAAUGCAGCCUUAACAAUCAGUCAAAGGUGAGACAGCUCCUGCCCCCUCUCGCUUACAGUCCAAAAUAUGCAAUACAAAUGGAAGAAGUGAUGGAGAGGGAACAGGAAAGCAAGCAAACUCAGGUAUCAGUUCUUUAUAGUGUUACGUAGUUUUUACCAUGAGAAACUGGGGGAGAAACAGUUGAAGGAAGAGGAGAAACCGAAUAGAAUUGGUCUUCUAGCAGAAUUGGUGGGAGUUCAGCUGCUUCCCUUUUCUUCCUCUGCUGCAGCCUGAUGGAAUGGUUUCUGCCUGAUGAUAGUUGUUUUUCCUUGAAGCUUAAGGGAGGAGCUACUGCUUCCACUCAUCUGCCUAAUUUUACUCCUUUGCCUUAUGCUCUAAUCUCUCAUUUCAUCAACAGCACAUCAUGAUUUGAGAAUUAAAUUAAAAGUGAAACUAGAAGCAUAGUAAAAAAAAAAUCCACUUUGGAUUUUGGGUGAGUGUGUGUUUGUUUACAAUCAAGUGGUGUAUAAAUAUAAUGAAAUGAAAUGGAGUCCACCAUUGCACAAAGCUUCUACUAUAGGAGAGCAUCGGCGGAAAAGAUGGACCUGAACCAUCUCUUCCUUGGUGGGGAUAUGAAAACAUGAAAUUAUUGGACCAGUAGAAAAGUAGUAAAGAUAAAGUAUUGGACCAGUAGUAAAGAAGUCCUUAAGUUUUUAGGUGCUUUGUUAUAAACAAGCACAAUAUAAAUGAACAUAAACUAUAAUAUAUAGGUAGUGGUGGGGAACCAGUUUUUCCAGCCCCUGGCCUACUUUCAUUUGACGAUACAGCUGUUGCAGACCAAUGUUGGUCUUCAGUCAGCCCCUCUGGGAAUCGCUUACUUUUAUGCAUUGUGGCUUGCAGUGAGCUGUAGGAUUUGGGGAGCAUGAAGGGAGGGAGGGAGAGAGAGAGAUGAUGGGGGGGCAGGGAUGGAAAUGGGUGGAGUCAAAAUGAAUGGAUUGAUGCAGGUGCGCAUAUUUCCACCCUGUGCUGUUGGAAGAGGUAAAGUGCGAAGCGUGAUCCAGAUAUAAAAAUGGAGGAAAUGGGAACACAAAUAAAGGAUGUUAACCUGCAGCAUUGCAAAUUUAUUCUGGUUCUACUCAUUGCUGGCAUGUGGCCCUAAACAUGCUCCCCCUGAGGGAAUUUAAGUGAAGACGAAUUGUUACAGCUCUGUGUACUCUUUUUAGGUAAUAGAAUCCCACAUAAUGGCUCACACAGACAUUUGCAUCACUUGAUCGCUUAACACUUUGAUUAUCUACACUGAUUUAAAACAAUAUUAAAAGUUCUGUCUGUACGCUUGUAUAUGCAAUUGCUCAUUCACACAUGCAAAUUGUUCUCUGCUUCAGAAAUCAGGUGAUGAAAUCAAGUGCAUGAACUGGUUAUGAAAGUUAUGAGUUCUCCAGCAAUAAUGUGCUUUUUUCUCUUGUGCAGAAUGUUUCCCAUCCUUGAGUCUCCAGCUGUUUUUGGAUUACAACUCCCAUCAUCCCUAGUUAGCGAGACCAGUGGUCAGGGAUGAUGGGAAAUAUAGUCAAAAAACAGCUUGAGAUCCAAGGUUGGGAAACACUGGCUAGAGCAGGGGUCAACAACUUUUUCAGCAGGGGGCCGGUCCACUGUCCCUCAGACCUUGUGGGGGGCCGGACUAUAUGGGCGAGGGAUGAACGAAUUCCUAUGCCCCACAAAUAACUCAGAGAUGCAUUUUAAAUAAAAACACACAUUCUACUCAUGUAAAAACAUGCUGUUUCCCGGACUGUCUGCGGGCUGGAUUUAGAAAGCAAUUGGGCCUUAGUUUGCCUACCCAUGGGCUACAGCAUGAAUUCCUAGUGUGGUGCCUGAUAGGCUUUUACCACACUAAGUGGAUUUGGUUCUUGGAAUCUCAGCAGAGAGUUGCAUGCCAAACAGGAGUUGGUAUACUAUUGUUCAUAUACAGUACUAAUCACUGGAUUUUGCUUAUUGCUAGUGUUAUCAUGCAACAUUUACAUAACCAUACAAAAUUGGUGAAUGCAAUAUCAUUCCCUAAAUUAAAAAGUAAGUCCUAAUUAAAAGUUGCUAGGCUUUUGAUGUGGUAGAAGUUCCUUGACUUUCUUAUUUACUUGGGUUCUUUUCAAAUUCAAACCUGUUCAGAGGGGUGAAUGGCAGUCUUUUUCUACCGUUGUAGGUUGUUGUAGUUUUACGUUUAGCCCAGUGGUUUUCAAACUAUGGCUUUCCUCUCCCCUCCCUUGGGGGGAAGUUCAGAAUGGAUGGAAGGGGAAAGAAAGCUCUAGGGAGCAAUAGGUUCUUGUGACUAUCACAGCCUUUAUCUCACUAAGCCAAGCGAUAUUAAAGAUUGUAUGCACUUUAGCAGAAGACUGUUUAAUUCAUAUGAUUUUUGAGGGUGAAUGGCUGAUUGCUGUCAUUGCCUGAUAAGCUCAGUCUGCUUUUGGGAAGAAGUGCUACAUUGUUCUUGACAGACUAGGAAAACUUGCCCAUAUUUUUUUAACGCUUCCUAGAAAGUGAUCCUCAGCAGUGUUGUUGGAAGUGGCCACCCUUGGAAACCAACCAUUGGAAUGUUUUUCCAUCCACCCAGCAAAGUUUGAAUUUUUGCUGCCUCAGCUUGUUGUGAAUAAAUCCCUACAAGUUACUAUAUCAUUUAGGAUCAUCCAGAGUCUCGUGUGGCAGUGUCCCGUUCCAUUUUUGUGAAAUAGUUUUGCAGAAUGACUGGCAGGUUCUGAGUGCCUUCUGCUUUUUCUGGUUUUGAACAGGGGCUGUUAGCCUUUUCAUUGUUAAGGGAAAUUAGCUGUUCCUCUAGGUCACUUCGUGGCAUGUUAAUUGGGGGUGUGCUCCUUUGUUAACCCUCGGGGUUCUGAGUUCUUUGGGAUCAGAAAGCAGAUUUUCCUUCAAUCAUGAACUCCUUUUCUGUAAUCCAUGAGGUGAAUUGGUUUGUUCUGUACUUUAAUCCUCAAAGAUACUCACAUAGUUUAGAAACAGGCGCACGUGGCAGGAAGACAGUAUUGACAGUGGAAAUGUUAAUGAACUUUAAUUAGUAUAACUGUUUCUUCAUGUGUAGAGUAGCAUUUUCCUAGCUGCCUAUGAAAAUCCACAUAAACAUGUCGUGGAAGGAAAAGCUAUAUAUGCUGAAUUUGUAUAAAACCAAGCCACGAGAAUUACUACAGUGUCAAGUUUUAUGUUGUAAACAACUUUUAAAUGAACAGUAACACUGCAGUGAAAAAAUGAGCAACGGUAGCAGUGUUGGUCUGUAAGAAACAAGCCCUCCAAAAUCCAUAGUUGGGCAGUACUUUUAUUGCUCCAGUGAAGGUAUUGUUCAGCUGUGGGUUUUAGCAUUCUUUCUCCCUCUACACUAGAUUCUCCCAGCAGCAGUACUGCAUAUAGCUGUUCCUGAUCUGUAACCAGAGACUUUUGUAUGGUACAAAGUCAAAAUAGCAAUUUAUUUUUCAUGCACUGGUCUUUUCUGAUUUAGUUUAUUUGUUGCAGGUUAAAAUUGGCGGGACUAGCCCAUGUGUACAUGGGGGUAGGGGUUGCUGAAAUCUGCUAUGUGGACAUUUUAAUCACCCUACACAGACACCCCGGCAAAAAUACCCCCUUUAUGGUUGGAUGUGCUGAAUAGCAAUAGAGCUGGCUUUAAUUUGAGUGCUUUGAAGGGUAUCAGGAUACUGAACAAAAAGCCAGUGCCAGCCUCCCCACUUGCAUGCCCUUCUCAAAUUUGCCUUCCCUGCUUCCAGUUCCAGGGCCAUAGCCAAUCACUAAGAAACACAGGAGUGAUGUUCCUCAGCUAUGGUCUCAUUUAAUGCAUACAAUAAUAGAAGCAUUUCUGCUCAACAAUGUAAUUUUUAGUAGCGUUAAGUAUCUAUGCUAAUUCAGAUCUUUUAGCUGACACCCUGCUUUUGGAAAGCCUGGAAGUGAGUUCCUUUUUUCACUUAAAAAAAUUGCCUUCUGUCCAUGAGAUGCAUAUUGUGGAUAAUGUUGGCAGUCUAUACACUAUCCCUUCAUUAGCACAUGUUGCAUACUAGGAUUCUUACAGCAAUGGUGAUUUUGUGCUUCUAGCAAAGUUCAGGAAAGACUCUGGUAUCAUUGUGCCUAAAAUCUUUCUCAGCAUUGGUUGCUGAUCCACAAAAAAGUGUUGGGCCCACAGUAAGCUUCUUACCAACCUUUUUUUCCCCCCUGUUGGAUGAACAAAACAAAACUGUAUGGUCCCUGUAUAAGGAUGUAUUUCUGAAGACCCAUACACAACCCAAAUACUGGGAAAACCAUAGUAAGGGAAUGUAAUAGAAGCUGGCAGGAGAGUUUGGGAGAGUACUCUGCAACUUGCUGUUUUCUGGCUUCUACGCAGCUAGCUUUUGCCCUGCUUUGGUGGGGAAGCCUGCUUAUUUUGAGAUUUUGAUUUAUAGGUAGUUGCUUCUGAUACGUUUUGUUGCUGCUGCUGUUGUAUUCAGCAACUUUAGGGGAUUUAAAUUCUUGGUCUCAUGGAUUAUUUUACUAGUGAAAGAAAGGUAUUCUCCCAAUUUGGCAUUGUCCGGCUACUGGGAUGCUCUGUCACACCCUCCUCUAGGGGGCAGGCUCCUCUGAAGAAAGAAUUGAGAGAAGAUAGGAAGCACUGCCUACUCCUGCCCACUCCUGGGUAGUAGGCAGUACCUCCUACUUCCUCCCAAGAGUUGGCAUUUUCCUUCCUUUGCAGUGAAUGGACACAGCAGGUUCACAGCCUGGCUUUGGGAGCCAGUUCUAGCUGGUAAUAACUCCUCUUCAUGCCAGGCUUGAAAACAUAGGUAUUGCCUAUGGGUGGGUGAGAACCAUUUGAAGAUAAAUGCUGUCCAUUUACUCUCAGAUGGAACACUGAGCGUUUUCUGGGUACAGAGUGCUUAGAGCAAUCUAUUAAGAAGGGGGGGAAAUCUCAGUAGAGUCAUGGCUUUACAUAUUGAAUUUGAAUAUCAUGUUUCAAUCUACUAAUCUUCUCAGUAGUUAUGGAAGAGAGACUUGAUUUUCUUAGAGACUGACCUGGUCGUUCCUUGGAAGGUAGAUGAAUGUUAAGUGUGAUUGCAUGGAGUGAUACAAUAGGGACUAAAAACCGCUUCAGUGACCAACUUAGCAUAUUAAUUUUUUGGCUUUUCUUCCCUCUCACUAGAGCAUUCAACCCCAGCCAAGGUGGUGAAAGCUGCAAAUCCAAGGCAACGUAAAGGAAGCAAGGCAAGUACUAAUGUUCAUAUUUGUGAAUACUCCAAAGUGUGGGAAGAGGUGGAAUGUGACACUCAGUUGUGUAUCAGAAUGAAUUUGUGGGACUGUUUCAGUUUUAUUAUGUGGGUUAACGGUGGUUCUCAGAGACAUCUGGAGAGCCAGUGUGGUGUAGUGGUUAAGAGCGGUAGUCUCCUAAUCUGGGGAACCGGGUUCGCGUCUCCGCUCCUCCACAUGCAGCUGCUGGGUGACCUUGGGCUAGUCACACUUCUUUGAAGUCUCUCAGCCCCACUCACCUCACAGGGUGUUUGUUGUGGGGGAGGAAGGGAAAGGAGAAUGUUAGCCGCUUUGAGACUCCUUAAAGGGAGUGAAAGGCGGGAUAUCAAAUCCAAACUCCUCUUCUUCAUCUUGCUUGUGGUUUCUUGACAAAACUUGAAGGCAGCUUUAGGGGUCUUUAUUUUUUGUUUCCAGCUCUAACUUUCAUGAUCAGCACCUUUUUAGUGUAUCUGUUCUUAGGCUUUCCUUGCUUGUGCACCUGUUCUGUGCUUGUGGCACUUAGUGGUCUGCAAGUACAUGUCUUAAUCUGUGUGCAGCUGCUGGUGAAUGGAUGAUUCUGUCUUACGACAGGAGAUUUAUCUGGAAAGCCUUUUGCAAAUAUGUUUUCAGCUUUGACUCAAUUUGCCUGUUACUGGUUUGGUAACAAACAACUCCUGUUAACUGUUUUUGGGAAGAUGUGCCAACAUCCUUCCCACCCUCCAUCAUUGGCUGGUUUCUUUAACUGAUGUUUGCUUGUUGAAGUUGCAUGUCUGGUUUUAGCUACUAUACCUGUACCGAGUAGGCUUGGGUUUAUGCUGCUAUUUUUUUCUGGGCACUAGAGACUGCAUUAUAAGAACAGACCUGUUGAAUCAGACCAGAGACCCAUCCUGUUCUGCACAGUGGCAAACUAGAUGUUUAUGGUAUGUCCACAAGCAGGAUGUGAGGGCAAUAGCACAUUCCUGGUGUUGAAUGCAAUUUUUGGUUCUGGAGGCCAACAAUACUAGUAGCUGUGUUUAACUUCAUCCCACCAUUAAUUUAUCCAAUUCCCCAUUAAAGCAAAAGAUGGGAUGUGACUACUUAAAUUGUCCCCUCAGGCACACACACCAGAGAUCCACUGCAAUUUUGUUGCAGGGGGCCCUCUUUGUGAUAACAAAUUAAUAACAAAAAUAGUUUCCCUUGUAUAACAAAAGUAGUUUCUCUUGUAUGUUUGCUAUGGGUGGUAGGCAAUAAAGUUUCAUUAUUAAUGAAAUGCCUUCCUUCCUAAAAGUGUGCUCUCGUGUUGUUCUUGCCCAGCUUCAUUUGGCCUCUCUGCAACUUUUUUGCUUACUUUAUAUGUAGUUUUUAAGGGGACUUGACACCUUCCAUGGGGUCACGAAGCUAAACGACGGCAUCUUACAUGCAGGUUCUGUUUCAAACUUUAGAGAGGUCUUUAAGGUGACAUAAUUCAGGCUAGAUCAGAAGAAAUCUCAAUGGAAUAUCAAGGGUUAGAAAAUGAAAACAGCUGGAAGCAGGAUAUGCCAUUGAUUUGAUCUGCAGUCACAGGCUCUGCUAGAGGGCAAAGCUCAAGAUGUGCUUGCAAAUCAAGAGGAUCUGCUAAUUUAAGCUCAGUCAGUCAUGGCAAAGUUCAUUGAAUUAUAACAUUUAUGUGCCAUCCGGUAUUCCUAGGCAUAGACUGUGAUGUUUAAUGAAUAAAAAUAUUACUGUUUGAAAACAUAAUGGCAGUAAUGCAGCAAGCAACCUUGGCUCAGUAAGGGAGAGAGCUGUUGAUGGUUAACUUUAUGCAGCCAGUUUUGCAAAACAAAAAUUGCCGUGUCAUGUGUAAGGAUAGCAAAAUCUUCCCCAUGUAAGACUAAUCCAUUGUACAAUGUCAUGCAACGUCCCCUAUCUUCUAAGGAUAUCAUUGCUUGCUAUUUCCUCCUUUUUCUGGUGACUGAAUUCCUUCUUCCCAUACUUACUUGGGAAGCAGCAUUUGUCCUUGCUGAAACCUGCUUCUCUUUCCACAUCCCAUACCCCCAUCCGCAUAGUAAGAAUAAAGUCAACCAUUUUUCUUAAAACAAACCUAUUGUAUAAGUCAGUUUUAUUUUAAGGUAAUGUUUCAUGUUGCAGACAGUGUGGAGAAACAGAUGCACAAAUGACUUGGAGAUCCACUUAAUUAUUCCAUGGCAGCUGGAAUUAUUCCAGGAGAAGAUACAAAUGCUCCUUGCAUGUGCAUCUGCAUCUGUUGAGCUUGUGUGUAUUUGCUGAAAUGCACACACAGGAAUAUGUGUGAGGCACUUGCAUAUCUGCUUUUGGCACUUUCUAAAAUAUGUGAAACUGCAUUUAGGCCACAGUUGAAGUAUCCUUAUAAGGCAGGAAAUGUGGGCCAAAUCGGUUAGGAUUGGCCUUUGAGAUUUCUCCUUAUUGUAUGUAUGAGAUUCUUGUCAUUUAAACCCCAAACAUCACUAUUUCUGUUUGUUUGUUUGUUUGUUUAAUUUUGUUUUUUGUUUAUUUGCAACAUUUUAAAAUAUGCCCUCCACUGAGUUUUAAAGGUGUGAAAAAUGCAUUUGAAAACCAAAAUUAACAUAAAAUACAGCAACAACCAUAUAAUCUAGACUACAGUCACAGAGCAAUAAAGGCCCAGAAGAUAAUCAGCAACCAUUGCAGUUGUUUCAAAGUAGGUGUUUUAUGUGAAUGGCUAGCCACACCCCCAGAAUUAACUAUCGCCCCAAACUUUCGUAGCACCUGUGUUGCUAGUGUAAACAGUGUUCACUAGGUGGCACUGUGUUUGCAAUGACAACAUUUAGUCAUGCCUUUAUUGCUGAAACUGAAUUGAAGCCCCUCCUUCCAUUGCAUUUUAAGGAGGAACACAAGACUGUGGAAACUGCAGCAUUGAAAUGUGUCAGGAACAGUUCAGAUGACAAGAGAACAAGAAUUUAAAGAAGGCAGAUUAAAUGUACCCAGCAAUGCUGCAGCAGACACACCUGGUCUUUUUUAAAAGUGUUUUGCGCAGUUUUAAUUUCUAAAUGCUUGAUAUAAAUAGUCUUAAGAAUUACUCUCUCUGGCAGUUGGUGUCACAGGGUAACCAAGUCAAAGAUGAAUGGGCCUCUAGAGAAUGGGUUGCCUUCCAAAGUUGGAUUGCAGCUUCCAUCAGCCCAGGCAACAUAGCCAAUGAUCAGGGAUGGGGGGGAGUUGUAGUCCAACAACGCCUCAAGAACAUCAUGCUAACUACCCCUUCUCUAGAGAAUGUAAGAGUAGUCGCUGCCCAUUUACUGUACUCUGUCGUGGCCUUUGAAAUCUGAAAUGUUGUUCACCAUGAAAAAGGACAGAAAUAGUAGGUGCUUAAUAUGGAUUUUUAAAGGAGGUGAAAAGUUCUCCUGCUGGAGAAAUAUUGCAGUUUUACAAAGGGGAAUUCCUUGUUAUAUGAUACUCUGUUGAUUUGAUAACUCUGCUUUUUUUACUAGGUUGGUGACUUUGGGGAUGCCACAAACUGGCCAACGCCAGGAGAAAUAGCUCACAAGAGUGUCCAGGUAAAACACCCAUUCUGACUUCAGAAGGAAGGUGCUUCUGUUCUUUGGCAUGAUUGUGGAUGACUAGGGUUCCUGAACGAAUAGUGUUCUGUACAAAAGCAAACGAUUCCAUGGGCCUUUGGGAAUUUCCUUGUAGUGAAGUGGCUUGCUAUGAUGGUAGCAUUACAAUCCUAUUCAUGUUUACCGAGCAGGAAGUCCCAUUAAGUUAAAUGAGACCUACUCUAGGUAACUGUGUUGAAUUGCAGCCUUGAUAUAUAUCUUUCUCAUGCCUAGGCACCACUGUGAAAGUUUGUCUAGUUUAGAAGUAAGAUUUUUUUAAAAGGUUUUUAGAGUCAGAGUUAUAUCCAACUAAGUGAUUGUGUGAGCAGAACAACUCCUUGCACAGUGGAACCUCCUAUUCUCUGUGUGUUCCCACAGCCCGAAAACUACUCUUGGCGGUUCCCUCAUCCCUCUAGAGCAGAUUUGGGGAUGAUGCAGGGGGAGGAGAGAAGGGGAAGUUGUGUUGCAGUGACUAAGUGGGAUACAACCCAGAAUACUUUAGGCUUAAAUUUCUACAGUGCAUCAGGAUUAACAUUUGCACCCUUCUAUAAAUGCAGUGUCUAUUUAGUCUUCCUUAAAUCCUGCCAGUUAAAUAAAAGCUGAGAAGUUUUUUUUAAAGUAUAUAUAGAGUAAGAAAUCCCUUCAGAUUAUUUUGUGUGUGUGUGUGUGUGUGUGUGUGUGUGUUGAAAGGGAAGUAACAGGGUGGUAAGAACUAUGUCCCCUUACACCCAGUAACGAAAAUUGAGAAAAAUGGGGGGUUGGGGGGCGGAAUGGUGCCUUAAUUGCCUCCAAAGAUCAGUGUUCCCUCAAUUUACUGUUUGAAAGUGUUUAUUGGAUGCAAUAAAUCACAUAAUUAUGAAAGUUCAAUUAAAAUGGUGAUUUAAUGUACACACAGAUAGAUAAACAUACAGUAUCCAUAGUUGAUGGAAAGAGGUAGAAGUAUGUAAAACAGAUUACAUUGUUGUGCUUAAAAUGAAUUGGCAUUGUGGAAGCGGGCUUUAUACUCAUACAAAAUUAUUUCAGUAACCAACAAUCCCUGUUAGGUAAAGGCAGUCAUUUAUGUAACCUGAACCUAAGCCAUUCAGGGCUUUAAAGUAGUGGCUAACACUUUUUAUUGGGGCUGGAAAUGCACGGGUAACCAGUUCAUCUAAUACAAAAUUGGUAUAAUGGGUUCUGAUCUUGCGACCCCCUGGACAACCACAUCCCAUACUAAUUGAAGCACCUGUGCUGUCUUCAAAGGCAGCUCUGUAUGUAGGGCACAUUACAGUAGUCCAAUCCAUAUAUCAUAUAGGUGGAUAAAUGAGGUGAAGUCUGAUCUCUCCAUAUAGGGCCACAGUUGGUGUACCGGACUAAGCUGGUAAAAGGUAUUCCUGAGUACUAUCAGGACCUCAACAGCAAGGAAUCUAGCAGCACCCCCAAACUGGGAACUUGAUUCUUUAGGAGGAGUGCAAUCUCCUCAUGGACAGGUUGAACACCUCUAUUCAAGAUUGCCAGCUCUCCUACCCACAAGACCUCCAUCCUGUUUGGAUUAAGCUGCUGCUCAGUCUUCUUCCUGAUCCAUCCUCAAAAGGUCUUCAAGCAUUGGCUCAGAAGUUCCACAGCCUCCCUAGGUUGGAUAGAUUGAAAAUAAGUGGCGCAUCAUAUUAAUCCACAAACAAAUGACAACUCAGCCCAAACCUCUGAAUAGCUUUCCCCCAUUGCAUUAUACAGACAUUAGAUAGCAUGAAGGACAGGAUAGAACUGUGAGGCACACCAUCAAACAUGGGGUGGGAUAUUUGCUACCCAGGCCAGGGUAGUAAAGCCUAAGGCCAAUGUGAAGCUACAAACUUUUUUUAAAAAAAAUGUACUAGGAAGAAUAUAUACUACUCAAACACUUCUUAAUUAUUUUAAGAUAAGAAAGAGCAAGAAACAAACCUCCCCAGUCCCUCUUAAAGGAUUAUGACUACCUUGUACACGCCCCACGCCCAAAAGACUGUGGACCUGAUUAUCUGCAACUUGGCAGGCCUAAUCUGCACUGGAGGAACUCUUGCAUCUGUAAAUUUCAACAACUUGGUCAAAAGGAGGGAAAUAUUGCCAUAUUUAGAUUUUUCAUUAUAGUUAAUUGGCCUACAGAGCUUCAUUUUAUAUGGAGUGACUUGGAACAUGAGACGUGGAUUCAAGAAAAAUAUCAUGGAAACUUCUGAAUUUUUUUCUGAAGUGCACAGGUGAUACAAGGUGAAACUUGGCCUGUGUACACAUCCUAGUUUUUGUCUUCUUUCAAAUCCUUUAGUGACUGAGGUUGAGGUUGAAUGCCUUGAACUUGUUUUUCUAAUGGUUAGAGAAAUGACCUGUGUUUGUUCAUAUAAAAAAUCUAGGCUUUGGGAUAUAACUUUGAUCAUUUCUUAACUUUAAAGAAGGAAAAGAGAACAUUUUGAAUUCAUUCCAGUUGCUCUGUAGGUUGUAGAGGUAUUUAUGCCUGCUCACUGAAGGUUGUUGUUGUUUUUUUUUAAUAAAAAAGAUAUAGCAAAUCAGUUACAAAGCAGGUUAAAGAAUAACCCUUUGUUCAGUGGGCAAAGUGUCACUUUUCAAUACCAGAUUCUCAAUCGCCGGGAAUUUACCACUGUCUCUGCUUCUGUUAAGUGGAGAAAGCCAACUGUCCUUUGGCUAGUGUUGUGAUAGCAGAAUUGCAACAUGGUGCUUUGUAUAAAAGGACAAAGAUUAAAGGGUGUAUUUUCUUUUUCCAGGGAAUUCCCAUUCUCUCCACAGCAUUUAUUUAUCUAGUUCUUCUUAGUCCUUGAAAGUGAUUUUCAGUUUGGUUUUGCAGGUCGACCAAUUUUCUGCAUUUUCUCCUUGAACUUUAGUUUGGUGCUGCAUAAGCUGUCCAGAUAACUUGGUUAUUGGAUGGCAUAUAAAUAUUCCUGACAAUUUGUUUAAAAACACAUUGGAAUCACCAGGAAGCAAAUAGGGUGUAAAUUGUGGUAUAAAUUCCAAUUCUUCCUAUUUUAUGCAUGAGCACAAACUGACCCGCCCCUGAUACAGUUCAGAAAGAGAGAACAAUUAGUUUACCUAUCAGGUAAGCUACGAUUUUCUGGGAGUCACAUUCCAUUCCCUUCUUGGUUGCGCUCUUCCUGCUGAGUGCUUCCUUGUUGUUGCAAACCCUACAACAUUGAGCUAUUUUAGCAACCCCCAGUAUACUUACUCAAAGUAUUGAAGUUCAUCUCCUUUAAAAGAAAAAAGUGCUAUAUUUUUAAAGAUUAAAUUGAAGGAAGGCAAGAAUAUACUUACUUUUACCACCUCCCCAAAAAACCCCGCACAUGCACACAUAUGCAAAAGUGUGUAUAUGUUCGAUUUUACCUGUACAUUCUUCCUGUUACUUUCAUGUGGUGUGCCAACAUGUCAUAAACUUAAAGUGAUAUUCCCCUACCAUGAGCGUAUUUGGUCAAAUAUGCCUAAAGAUGUAUGCAUGGGUGAAUGUUUGAAGGGGUGAAGAAGUGUGGAAACAUGAUAAUUCAUGCUGCGGCACAGAGUCUGUUGUUUUCCCCCCCAUAUUGCUGAGAGUUCAGUUUGAGCAACACUUUUUGGGGGUGCUAAAUCUCUGCUUAGGAGAAAGCCAGGAAUAGCUCAUUACAGAUCCCAGGCAGAUGAUUUCCUUUUAGGGUUUCCCUGCCCACUAUGCUCCCUAGCUCAGCGGUGCUAUUCUGGGACAUCAGCUUGGAGCCCAUUCUAAAAUCUGGCCACAACAGAGAAGGUAAAUUUACCAAGUCUUCAGGCAAACCUGGGAUUGUUCUUAUGAGGGGAUGAAGCAGGUGGGCUGGUUAGCACCAAGCCAGGCUUCUGGAGCCUGUGCCUUGUCUGCUGUAUGGCUUUAUGGUGGGUGGGAUAAGCACUCAAAGAGGGACACAGCGCAGAUGCAGAAGUGCUUAAAGCAUACUUCUAUUUUUGGGAUUCCCUCCCCUUUGGCAGUAGCUUUCCAGCAUCAUUAUCUCUUGUCAGCCAGCCCCUUCUCUGGGUCUGGUGUCCUGGUGUCAUUCACCAAACUUACCAUGUCUGAUUUCUGUAUCAUUCAGAAAUGAUAGGGGUUUUUGAAUGUUUUAUGUAGUUUUGUAGUAGUUUUAUGUAGUUUUAAUGUAGUUUUAUGUAGUUUUGUGGUAGUUUUAUGUAGUUUUAUGUAGUUUUCAAUUUCAUUGUUCCGCAAGGGACAAUGACAAUAAAGAUAUUGUAUAUCGUAUCGUAUAUCGUAAAUCAUUGGGAUUCAUUCUGCAGUGCAUGUGCCUGAAGUACUCACUUGCCUUCUAAUUUGACUAAAGUCUUGCUCUUGUAACCUUCUUAACUUUGGAACAUGCUGCUCCUAUAUAACUAUGCAAUAACUACUUCGGCUUGAAGUCGUGCUUUAUCAAGAAGUUAUUGCUCAUGAAUUGGAGCUCUCUCUUGAGGGUAACCAAUUGUUCUUGGUUUCUAGACUCUUCGGGUGGGCUCAUAAGAGUGAUUGUGAACGCAAGUGUGAUUGUGAGCACAUCAGGCAGCUAAAUGAACUUGCUGUGUCCGUUGUGAUCCACCUUUGCUCAGCCGCCAUUUUGAUUCCCAGCUUGCAUGUCUGAUUGUCAUUUUCAGCAGCUGCCACACAAGCCUCAAUCUCUCCGGAAGGUUCCUAUUAAGAAAAACAUGAAGGAGCAGGAGAAAGGGGAAGGGAGCGAUGGUAAAGAGAACAUGAAAGCCCGGUCAGAUGAAUCAGGGGAGGAGAAGAAUGGAGAUGAUGACAACCAGAAAUCAGCUCAGAAGAAGAAGGGUAAAAAGAAACUAUUUGAAAGUGCUGAAGCACAGUGGUCUGGGAUCUCGGGGACUUCAUCAAGCUGAUGCCCUCCAGAUUCUUUGGAUUACAACUCUUAUCAGGCCCAGCUGUGCUAACUGGGACUGAUGGGAGUUGUGGUCCCAAACUUCUGAAUGGCACCACGUUGGUAAAGGCUGACGUAUGGUAUGUCCAAGGUACGAUCCGGCAGAACUUUUAUUAUGUUCUUUACACUUUUUGCUGGCUAAGGUCAGUUACGAAGACCUGAAUGAUGUGCCUUCUCUCCUUGUGCCUUCCUGGGUGAGAUGUUUUGUACUUCCUCAUAAAGAUUUGUAACAGCUGGUUCUUGAUGCCUUGCAGGUAGCAGACACAAAUGGGUCCCUCUGCAAAUAGACAUGAAGUCUGAGGUACCAAGAGACAAAACAGCUUCUCGCAACAACAGACAGAAUGAGCAGCACCGGCACCCUUCCAACAACCGAAGUGACUCAAAAGGUAUUUUUGGUAAUGUAUUUUUUAAUUAUAUUUUUCGUAAUGUUCAGGCUGUCAUGUUCCUUCAGCUCUUUCAUAGGGUAGGCUUCUAAUUUCCAUGUGGGCUGCAGCAUAGCCUCAAAGGCUUAGCAGUUUGACUGGGAGUUCCCUUACAAGUAGAUGAGUGCAUGCUACUGAUACUUCUGAGUGGUGGUGGUGUUGACUCUUUUUAAAAAAAUCAAAAUAAUAUCCCAACUGAAUUCUUAUGUACUUCAUUCAAGGAACUGGUUUGUUCUCUGGCUAAGCCUCUGUCAUUGUCUGCAUAAUGUGUAUGAGGGAGAUAGAAUCUACUAGCCCUCUAUGAUUCAACCAGCAUCUCCCAAGCAUUUCACGGCUCUUAGGGGUAUGCUCAUCUCUAACAUUCUCUUGCAGGUUGGCAUCUGGAUAACAAACAUGAACGAAGCUGGCCUGACCAUGAUGAAACCUCUAGUGUCAAGAGUGAGGGAGCAACUGUGCGUGGUUCCUUCCGGGGCAGAGGCCGUGGUCGGGGACGAGGGAGAGGGCGAGGAAGAGGAGGUACUCGCUGUACGUAUAAGACCGUAAUUUUUUUUAUAAUUGUGGCUUUGUGUACAGGAUGUGGUUGAUGCUAUAGAUAAAGAGCUGGCAGACAACAAAUUUCUUCCCCCACUUGGAAUAUCAGUGGCUAGGGAUCAGUUGCAUUAUUUUGGCUGGACUGUGACUCAGCACAGUUUGAGUAGAUGCACUAAAAUAAGUGUACCAUUAAGGAGCAUUGUUCAUGUAAUUUUUGUGUAAAUUUAUUGCCACUGGAAAUGCAACCAUACUAGUUAACUGAGCAUUUUGAACUAAAAAGCUACUACACUAAGAAAACAGACUUUUUGUAGAUUCUCAAAUAUAUAUUACAAAUAUAAUAGUCAUUCAAGAAGUGGCUAGUUGUGAACCUCUGCUAUUAUAUAGUGCAACUUUGUUUUGCUUGGCCAGUGCUAGAUGCAUAUUUUCUGUGGAUCUCGCAUUGCAAUUCUGUUUAAAAUGGUCUUUCCAAAAGAAAAUGUCAAUGCCUUUUCCAAUUCCUAAAUUAGGCUGCUGCAAGCCUGGUUCUCCUAAUCUGUGGAUAUUGACAGCGUAGAGUGGUCUUAGAAAAGUUGAGGUCUUAAGAAAUUUCCUUUUGCUUCUUUCCCCCUGCAGCUCACUUUGAUUAUCAGUACGGUUACCGGAAAUUUGAUGGCUCUGAUGGCUCACGCACUCAGAAAUACACCAGUAAUAUCACUUACUAUUUUGACAACAUCAGUAGCACUGAGCUGUACAGUGUUGACCAAGAGUUGCUCAAGGACUAUAUCAAACGGCAGAUGUAAGUGUUGGUUUUGAUUCUAGCAGUAGCUAACCAAACAGUAUUUGCCUUUUGAAGAGUUGUAGCUAGUUUUAUACCUUUUUGUAGUAGAUUAAAAGUUGGGAGUUGUGCUUGCAAAGACAAUGGUCUUCAUCCUCAUUCUUGCUGUUCUACAAAGUAAAAGUAGAUAGAAUGGGGAUUCUUGUACCACCAUCACAGCCUGUGAAUAUGUGCCAGUGGGUACACUGGCACAACUGUUUAUAACAGGGUGGCCAAUUGGAAAUAUGCAAGAUUUUUGCUGGCCCCUGAAUCAACAGUGGCAGUCUCCAUAGCCAUGCCCUGCACUUCCAGUUAAGACUCUAGCAGGAAAAGUGAGCAGCCUCUGACAUAAAUUGCCUCUCUAGAAACAUAUCAUUGUACUUGAUGCCAGCUAAUGCCUCUGUUGAAUCAGUGGUAGUAGUGCCUGCUUCCUAGAAAAGGAAAGCUUGCCUUUUGGUGGAAGUUGCACCCUACACCUUCAGUAUCUGCACUCUGUCCUGAUAGGCAGAGGAAGAGAAUGAAUCACCUUUUUCAUGUGUUGAAACCUGGUAGAAUUGAGAUUGGCUGCCCUGAGGAAACUGGUAGCCUUGCUUUCCCCUUCAAGGGGUAGCUUGGGCUCCCUGGGCACUGCAUAGCUGAACAGAGAUGCCCCUAAGUGUUUGGUUCCCACGAACUUCAGAAGUUGGCAGCCCAUUAGUUAGAGCAUGACACGCAAGUUGGACUACUUACCAAAUCCUGGAACAGCUGAAUUCAGGAUUUGCGUCCUUCAGGUGUUAUUUUUUAUUAGAAUGUCAUUCAGCUUCUUUUACUCAUGCAGAAUUAGCUUAGUUUGGGCUAGUUUUAGUUGAAACUAGAGAAGAAAGGAGGAAAUGAUGAGUUUUCUUCUGCCUACGUGAAUACAUUCUGCAGGGCUGAAUCAAUAUUUUUAUUAGUAUUCAGGGGAUUUUCUGCUGCUUGUUUUAUAUUUUAUUGUUGAUAUUAAAGGAUUCUGUUAGAAUCUUUUAAAAUGAUAGAUGCAAUAAUGUGUGUUGUUAAAUGUUGCAGUUUGUUGUUCAAAUGGUUUUAAUUAUUGUAUUUCAUAGUGGGAAAAAUAAUCCUGAAAGGGGGCCUAAGAAUAUUGAAAAUACAGUAUAAAAAUAUAUACUUAUUCAUGUGGACAUGUCUUGAGCUAUGGUCCUGGAAUUUUCCCCAUAGCAUCCAGUGCUGAAAGAGAGCUUGGGUAUUACCUAUUUUUGUAAAGUAUUAGUAAACAGAAAGAGAGGUGGAAUUUUCAGGAGGUCAGAGGUAUUUAUUCUGUUAAGUGUUACCUGGUGCGUGUGUGUGUUAUUUUCAUCGUCUACUAUUUGCUGUGUUCAGAGAGUACUACUUCAGUGUUGACAACUUGGAACGAGAUUUUUUCCUGAGACGGAAAAUGGAUACAGAAGGCUUUCUUCCCAUCACUCUGAUUGCCAGUUUCCAUCGGGUGCAGGCCUUGACUACAGAUGUUGGCCUCAUAAUUAAGGUAAAAAAUUACCCUGUGUUUCUUAUUUGGGCCACUUGUAGUGGAGUGCUGGGCAGUCAAGACUGAAAUGCGCUUUUCAGACCCUUGGGCAUGUCCUGGUAUACCUCAGAGAAAGAUGAUCAAAGCAGAGUGGCAAAGGUCUAUGCAGACUUGUGUUCUUUGCAGUUAUGCAAAAGGUAGUUCAUGCAUUCUGCCAACUGCAUGCUUGCAGUUUUCAGGAUGCAGUCGCAUUUUGAAGACUGAGGCUUUAAAUAGCUGUAAGACAGGGCUUGCUGCUCUGUUCUGCAUUGAUAUUAUUUGCAUACAUCUGCUGGGAUUUCUCUGUCUGCACAAUCAAGGGUGUUAGAGAAAUUUUUUUGUAAACAAACAAUGGUCUGAAGAAAAAGGAAGAUGAACCUUUAUACGCAGUAUUAAAUAUACGUCUCUCUUUCUGUGGGGAGUAGGGAGAGGGCAUGUGGGAGGAAAAGAGGGAGAAGGGUAUCUUACUUUAGUAUUAAUGCUGACAGUGAUUGUUUUUCAGGCAUUGAAAGACAGCAAAGUGGUAGAGAUUGUGGACCAGAAAAUCAGGAGAAAGGAAGAACCAGAAAAAUGGCCUUUACCUGGCCCUCCCAUGACAGACUAUGCACAGACUGACUUCUCUCAGCUCAUCAACUGCCCAGAGUUUGUGCCCAGGCAAAGCUUCCAAAAGGAAACAGGUUUGUUGAUAGUGUUUUAAAAACUCUAUCCAAGCAGUUUUAUUUGUGUUGGUGGUGAUGAAUUUGAGACCAGGACACCAUUAUGUAUCUUGCAUAAUGGUUAGCAAAACUUCAGCUUUACUUAACUAACACGUGCACACAAAGUUGACUGCACUGUUUUAUCAAGACUUUCUUGAACAUGUAAUUUGUACAUCCUGUUUUUUAGUUCUCAAAUGUUUUGGCUCCUGAACGACUGAAACCCGGAAGUGACUGUUCCGGUUUUCCAAAGUUCUUUUGGAAGCCGAACAUCCGAUGGGGCUUCUGAUUGGAAGCCGAACGGACUUCCGGAACUGAUUCCGUUUGACUUCCAAGGUAUGACUGUAUUGCUAUCCAGUCAUGUAAAUAAUGGGUGAUCUCAAUCCAUUAGGAGACAGAUUCUUCUAAGAAAAAUGUCUGAUUCCCUUUGUGCUGGCUUUGAGAGCUUCUUGGAAAUAUAAUUGAUCAAGACCUUGAAAGGUACAGCCCUAUGCCUCACACUCAAGUUGAGUGUGUUGUGUGUUGCUGAGCAGGCAUUGUGUUCUGUUUUGUUCUUGGUGUAUGCCUGAUGAGCACAGUAUUGGCCAGCAAAGCUGUUUUAAAUGGUGAAGGGAAUAUUAAAUACUAGUCCCCAAGGUAAUGAGGAGGAACCUUAGGCAGCUCGCUGUGGCCAGUUGACAAAAUAAUUUGCCAAUAAAAUUGCUUAUAUCUGAGCUGAAUCUAUAGCUCAGCAGUUCCCAACCUUUCUGGGGUUAUGUACCCCUGUGGGAAUCUGAUGAAAACUAUGGAACACCUCCCCAGAAAAAUACACAUACACACAAAACAAUUUAUUUUAUUGCAUUGGAAUUUUUGUGUGUUCCUGGUUCACCCCCCGAAGCCCUCCAUCGACCACCUAGGGGUUCCAUGGACCUCCACAGGUUAAGAACACCUGAUCUAAGACAUCUGCUAUUUUAGUGACUUAAAUAUUGAGCUUGAGGAUGUGGACAAAUCGCUUUGAAGAUUGAGACCAACCACUUGCGUUUUAAAUCCAUAUACAUCUUCGCUGAGUAAAAGUGCUAGAGGAGGGCUGGCUGUUUGGAUUGCAGAGACUGUUAAUGCUUCUCUGCAUGAGAGCUGCUUUCUAACUCCAUUAAAGGAAACAGUUGUAAGGUUUUUAUUGACAGAGCCCCCCUUGGAUACCACCACUCUUGGUAGUUAUUGGUUAGUCUAACUUAAUUUCUGGUGCUCAUUUUUUCUGACCAUUAAAAUUGCACUUUCAGUUGAUUUCUAGGUCCAGAUAAAGGUGCUGGCUAAUAACUGUAACACAUUAAGUGACUUGGGGCCAAGAUAUUUCAGCAGCUUCUGUAUGAACCUGUCCAUCAGUUACAGUAAUCUUUAGCAUAGCUCUUCCAUGUAUUGCACCACCAAGGCAGGUGCGCUAGGUGGAGAUACAAGCAUUUGUUGUUGUAGUGCUCUCAUUUUGGAACUCCCUCCCAAGGAUGGUUAGACUGGCCCCUUCUUUGUUGUUCUUCAGGCAGGUGGUGAAAACAUUUUAUAUAUUUCUAGCAUUCUUCCCUGUAGAGAAAUGGGAGUCUCAGCUGGUGAAAGGAAAGCCGCUGAAUAUCAUAAUUAGCCAGGGCUAUGCAAGGCUUAGGCAAAAAUUCGAAGGAUCAUAUAAUAGAACCAACAAUUUUUCAUGAGUGCUUAAUACAAAUUAAGUAGAAAAUAUUCAAAUAGCCAAAGCUCUGCACUCAUCUCAGAUGUUCAUGACAGCUCUGUAAAGGGAGGUGAAAGUUGCCACCCGUACUCGGUUGAAAAGCACAUGCUAUUCACAGCACCGGGCUUAUCCUUGUGGGUGUUUUGUAAAGGGCUGUUGCCUGCAUGUACAGAUAUUUAUCUUUUACUAAAAUACCAUGUUACAGAAUCUGCUCCUGGGUCUCCCCGCUCUGCUAGUCCUGUGCCAACGAAGACAGAGGAAGUUAGUAAUCUGAAGACAAUGCCCAAAGGCCUUUCUGCCAGCCUGCCAGACUUGGACUCUGAAGCAUGGAUUGAAGUGAAGAAGAGGCCUAGGCCUUCUCCAAUCAGACCCAAGGUAGUUGGUGAAUUGCAUUAGCUGACAUCCUCAUGUAUGUCAGACCUGCAAUUGGACACAUUUAAUGCUCCUAGACAUAGGAGGUUCUAGAACAGGGGUCAGCAAACUUCUUCAUCCGGGGGCCAGUCCACUGUUCCUCAGACCUUGUGGGGGGCCAGACUAUAUUUUGAAAAAUAGAAAUACCCUGCAAGCCGGUUCUGCAGCUGCCUCUGGACCUGGAGGAGGAACACACUCUGCAUGUGCUCAGGAGCAUGUCUCAGCACCGCCCGCUCACCGGCAUUGUUGACAAGCAGCAGCUGUUCCAUCAGCCUGUCCCUGCGGAGCUCCCAGGCGGUAUGCACCACAUGCUGUGGCCCAUCGUCCGAGGCCAGGUCUGUGGGCAGGCCGCGCAUGCAGAGCGCCGGGCAGGCAGUGUGCAGCUCAUCCUCCAGCUGCUCCAGCUCGGCCGCCGAUAAUGCCACCAGCGGCAACGCUGAACCAGGCACGGGGCCAGCAUGCAUGCCAAGCUCCAGCUGAAGCCCCACGACGCGCCCGUCACAAUGCCCAUGGUGCAGCCCAGACCUGCCGCCUGCCCACUGGCCUCUCCAUCCAUGGCCGCGCCGGAUUUACCUCAGUGUGCAGGUGGUGAGGCUUUGGAUUGGCUGCGGGAACUUCCUGCAGCCAAUCCGAAGCCGCGCCAGCGUCGCUGCCCGCCCAGAGGCACCUGCGGCUUCUUUUCAAGGAAACGCCGCACUGGUUUAGCUCAGUGCGGGGACUGACUGAGCGGGUGGCAGGGUCUGCCAGCUGGAUUUACGAGCCUGGUGGGCCGCAUCCGGCCCCCGGGCCAUAGUUGCCGACCCCUGUUCUAGAACGUUUUAUGUGGCACUUUCUCUCCUUAGUUGUGUCAAGCAUGCUGGGUAGGGAGAUGGUGUUUCUGCUUUCCCAAAAGAGUUAUUCCUGCACACAGACUACAUCAUAAUUCCAUCUAUCCUUUUUCUGUAAUUUGUACUAUUGAAUUUUGUGAGCUUUAGAUGCUGGUUCACGUCUCUUGGAGUUAUAGCUGUGCAGGGUUCUACUUUAAGGCCCCAAGGCUGGUUUGCUAUGCUUGAAGGAUGAGCAUCUAUAGAAGGGUUGCUGUGCCUGGAGGAUCAUGAUGGGUGGAAGAUGGUCAUAUGGUGGGCUGGGCUUUAUGUGACCAGGGUGUGUUUGGUUUGUUAGGCGUUGACCUUUGUUUUGAGGUUGAAACUGUGCCUGUCUUGUUUUGCUGCAUAGGAUCCCCUAGCUACUGUAAUUUUCACUCCAAAACACGCACUUUUUUGCUCCUAGAAAGUAAGGGAAAAUGCCUGUGCGUGUUACGGAGCGAAUGCACUCGACCGGAGCCAUGGCUGCCGUCAGUCAAGCAAAGCGGGAAGCGCUUGCAGGGCUUCUGUCCCGCUUUGCGUGGCUCUAGCUUUGCUUGCUUUACAGCCAGGAGGAGGGGGAGGAGCCGGGGAGGAGGGAGGGAAGGAGAGCCAUGGCAGCAAAGCAGGCAGCAGCCGCUUACACGGGAGGAGGGACAGACGGGAGCCAUAGCGAGCCAGGAGAAGUGCCGCGUAGCCAGCAACAGCUGCUGCAGCCUCUGCUAGCAAAGGUCCGUGCGAUCUCUAAAUGGAGCAAUGAGGCUGCAGAGGGACGGCAGGGCACAGGAGGGCUCUGAGCCAUGAGCGCAGUGAAAACCAGUAAAAAAGUUUUUUAAAAGGCUGUUGGGGACAGGAGGGCACAGGAUGAGGGAGAGGGGGGAAUUACGAUUCUCCCAGCGUCUCAGCUGAUCCGCUGAGCAGGACUUGGGUUGCAGGGGAUUCGCCAUUAGCUGCGUAAAGCAGCAAAGAGGGAGAGAAGGAGCAAGCGGGAGAGGAAAGGAGCUGCUUACACUGCUGUAAGUGGCUGCUGUCCAGUUGGCUCCUUUAAAGCAACAGUGCUCUUUCCCUCCCCCCUACCCGCUCAGCUCAUCAAAAAGCUCCUUUUCCACACACCCCUUCUCCCCUUAAACACCUCUCCUGCAUCAUUAGCAGCAUCCUUCUCCACACACCCCAUGUGUGUUCCUUCUCCCCAUAGACCCCUCGCCUGCAUUAUUAGCCGCAUCCUUCUCCACACACCCCACGCGUGUUCCUUCUCCCCUUAAACCCCUCUCCUGCAUCAUUAGUAGCAUCCUUCUCCACCCACCCCACGCGUGCUCCUUCUCCCCUUAAACCCUUCUCCUGCAUCAUUAGCAGUAUCCUUCUCCACACACCCUACGCGUGUUCCUUCUCCCCUUAAACCCCUCUUCUGCAUUAUUAGCAGCAUCCUUCUCCACACACCCCACAUGUGCUCCUUGUCCCUUGAAUGCUUUUCCUUCCCUCCCCACUUAAAACGUGGUUACAAAGCACGGAUCCACAUGAAUCCUCAGGAUUUUUGCACUGGGUCACCCCAAGUUCACCAUCAGAUCACAUAGCAUAUCCAUGGCUACAGCCUGCACCAAAAAAAACACACGCACCCACUGUUUCAUGGGGCUGCAAUGGCGCAAAAACGUGGUUACAAAGCAUGGAUCCUCAGGAUUUUUGCAUUGGGCUACCCCAAACUCACCGUCCGAUCACGUCUGUGGCCACAGCAUGAACCACAAAAAUCAUACAUCCACUGUUUCGUUUAGAAUAUUUUUUUCUUGUUUUCCUCUUCUAAAAACUACGUGCGUGUUAUGGUCAGGUGCAUGUUAUAGAGCGAAAAAUACGGUAAGUCUUCUGUGAUCAGUGUCCCAGCAGCUUCUGUCUUAACAACAUUAUCUAUUUUGAAACCAGAAACCAGAAGAAUCCAAAACGCCAGUGAAGCAGAAAGAUCAGGAUGAGCCUGAGGAGCUGGACUUCAUGUUUGAUGAGGAGAUGGAACAGAUGGAUGGCCGAAAAAACACCUUUACAGAUUGGUCUGAUGAGGAUUCAGACUACGAAAUUGAUGACAGAGACGUGAAUAAGAUUUUGAUUGUAACACAGACACCCCCUUAUCUGCGCCGGCAUCCGGGGGGAGAUAGAACGGGCAACCACACAUCCAGGGCGAAGAUGAGCUCAGAGUUGGCUAAGGUGAUCAAUGAUGGGCUGUACUACUAUGAGCAGGAUCUGUGGACAGAGCAGUUUGAGCCAGAGUACUCCCAGAUAAAGGUGAGAACCAGGGGUGCACCACCUUAGCGCAAACAAAAAUGGUUGUGUUCUGAGAGCGGGAAAAGGAGUUGUAUGUACUUUGUCUUGAUCAUAUUUUUAGUUCAACGGUGGUUUAAUUUUCACAAUUUAUGAGAUAAUAUUACUUGUGCCUUGCGCAAAAAGUAUUAAAUCACUUGCCAACCCACCUAUAUGUAACUGAGUUGGGAACAUUGCAAGCAGUGGAUCUGACAAGCAUCUGUUUGCCCUGGGAACAUAACUAACAUGCAAGUUGUCUCUUCUACCUUUUUCUGCUUCCUUUGUGUGGAAGUGACUGAUGAAAGAAGAUAGAAUUGGAACCAGCAGUCAUUAACUAUGUUCCUAUAUGCUUUUAUCUUGAGUAUGAAAGUAUUGUUCAGUUUCUUUUAUUGUAUCUUUUUCCAUAUAUGUAUAAUAUAUGAUAACCCUGGUUAUGGAUUCCAAACAAUAAGUACCACCACCUGUUUGUAAGAAGUCUUCACACUACGUAAUUGUUUCCUUCCACCUUGCAUCACACCCAUGCCUUGCUUUUUUGUUACUUAGGCCUAGUUUUAAACAUGAUUCUGGACUUGCUGAAAAAUAAUACAUGUGCAGUUUUGACAAUGUGUUGUUUAGAAUCUGAAUUGACAGUACUUGUGCAUGCCAUGUUAUCAUGCUGGCAUUGCAGGCUUUCUGGUCCCUGACAAACUAACAUGUUUUGGCAUACUCUGUUUAUAUACGUCUGAGUAUGUGUAGUAUCAAACAGGUAAUAUUCUCCCCUCCCAAACAUUUCUGAUGUAUUGUUUAAACUGGCCCUUAAUUUUCAGCCUUUAUUCUGCCAUUGUGCUUGCAACCUAUUAUGCCUCAAAUGCUUUCACGUGCUGUCUUGUCUUCCUCUCUGGAGCAAUUGCUUUUAAGACUUUCUGUUGUGCUGUUGUCUCAUCUUCCCUUGCUUGGGGUGGUGAAUUUUGGCAAAGCUGACUUUUUAGGUGCAAAAUUCUAUGAGUGUAGUCCAUAGGCACAUACUGGAUGAGGACUUUGUCUCCUUAACCCCUUGCAAUUUUAUGCCACUUGUUUGUUAAGACUUUAUUUGAACCCUGCUCGUUCUAGCUCUGGAAUCUGUAUUCACUCAGUGAAACAGUGCCUCUGAGCACAUGCCAAAUGCCAUUCACUUUCCCACUGAGUAAUCCGGGUAAGGAAGAAGGGCUUUCAGGCUUACCAGCCAGCGGAUUGUGGUGCCUCUUAUUUUCAGAAAUGAAUAGCUGCCAGAGGUAAUUGCUCAGCUGCUUCCCAGAGGGAGCUCUUGCAACAUUUGAGAGCAUGCAAAGAUCAGCUACUAAACACAGACCUACAACUUAAAUAUGCAGUCCUUAUUAAGGCUGGCCUUGGAUGAUCUGGUGGCAGAUGUUUGAGAUGGGAACAUAGAGUUGCUGCUGAAGGGACUGCAGCAAAUCAGAGAAUCCUUCUGUAUUUCCUACUUGAGGGCUUACUUUACAAAAAGAUGAUCAGGACCAAGCAUACUAUACAUUUUGCUUCUUGCUUCACAGAGAGGAAUUCUGUUAGGUGUGGGGCUGCCUAAGGAGGCUUUGUUGAGCAUUUACAGAUUACUAGAAGGUGUUUCCUAAUGUGCAAUUUGAAAUUGCAAAUUACUGUAACUACAGGCCUCACUGGCCUGUGGGUGCAAGGCCUUCUUGUAAAUGAAAAACAUGGGAGAGAAAUAUGCAGAACCAUCUCUCCUCCUCUGGCUCAACUUCCCAUAAUUGGUUGCUCUUGCCCCACUUUCCCUGUUCUGGCUCUGGCUGUGUAUACACACCAGACUUUUAAAACACAUGGUUUCUCCCACGCAGAAUCCUGAGAACCAGUUUGUUGCGGGUGCUGGGAAUUGGAGCUGUGGGGCAGGGGUAAACUAUAGUUCCCGGAAUUCUUUAGGCUAAGCCAUGUACUUUAAAUGUAGAGUGUGGUACUGGAAGUGAGCUGGAAAUAAAGAGGAGUAGUAGAAAUAACAGCUGGAGGGAGGGCUAGGCUGUGCGCUCCUUUUACGAAAAUAAAAAUGUGUCUACCAUCUCCAUACCUAUUUUGGCUUGGUUAUGCUUACCAAACUCUGCACAUGGGGGUCUGUAUUUCUGAGUUGUAAUGAAUCCUCCUACAGGCAAUGACUUGUGCUCAUUCAAAGCCCACACAAGUUGCUGCAACUCGGAAGUGGUCUUAAAAAGUGGUGGCGCAUAACAGAGCAGACUUGCACGCGCUCCACAGAUGUGCACGGGGCCGAAAUACAACCUCUGCACAAAACGGUUGUUGUCUGUAUGUUCUCUAUAUAUUCUUCAGUCAACUCAAUAUACAGUGGCCUCUAGUAUGUCUGAGUUCCACAUAUAAUUAUUUGUAAUCUGCACCCCGUUUUUAUUGUUGGGUCUCAGCUGACCGACUGGUUGUCUCCAUGACUGGGAUUGUUAAUGAAAGUUUUGCCUUCCAAUAAAGAAAGCUUUGCCUCAGAAGAAGUUUUGUGUGAUGUGGGUGGCUGUUUCACCAGACUUUUUUUAAAUGUUGCAACCAUCUAGUGGACUGACUUGUAGAUUUUGUCACACUUGAAACUGGUGCAUUGUUCUUUAACACAUGUAGCCUGUGAUUUGCCGUUUCCUGGGGUGGUGGGUGGGGAGGGGAAAAACACGAAACGGAAUAAUAAGCUAUAUUUUAUUUUAUUUAUUAUUAUUAUGUAUCCUACCACCUCCAGAUAUAAGUGUUUCAUUUCUCUGUGAUUCCUCCUUCCCCCAAAUGCAGCAAGAAGUAGAGAACUUCAAGAAGGUCAAUAUGAUCAGCCGAGAACAGUUUGACACUUUGACUCCUGAGCCUCCCAUUGAUCCAAAUCAGGAAGUUCCUCCAGGACCACCAAGGUUCCAACAAGGUAGGAGACAAAACCCUUUGCAGAAUGCUCGGCGUUAUCGUUUCGCUUACAGGAGGGUCUCGCCCAAUAACACUUCCAACCAUUUAAGUUACAUUUCCAUAUUCUCUUAUCUGCUCUGUUAUUCCUGAGUUUGGACGUGCUAAGUCUAGCAACUAUAAUUACUUCAGAGUUGUGAGAUUUGCAAUUGCUGCCCCAAAAUUGAGGGGAACAUUUACUGAGGAUAAAUGUAAAAAUUUAAUUGGGACUGUAAAGAUUUAAUUCGGAAUGAAAUAUAAAAACCUGUUUGUAUUCGUUCAUUUGUGUGUGUGUGUGUGUGUGUGUGUGUGUGUGUGUGCAUUGGUUGAUACUGUGUUUUAAUGUUGUAUCUAUGUAUUGUACAGUGUGUGUGUGUGUGUGUGUGUGUGUGUGUGUGUGUGUAUUUCAGUGGUUCAUAUGACCAUGCUGGUUAAAAUAACAACAAAUAGGAAGUUACUCUAGUAUGUUUAUUAUCUUUACAGUCCUUAUCCAUUGUUUUGGUGGUGCUUUUAUUUUUUAUUUUUAAAGCACUCCCUGCCCCCCCCCGGGAAACUUAUUCACUGUAAUCAGUGCUAUUUUUCUAGAAAAAGAGGUGCCAGAACUCACCAUGAACUUCCUCCCUUGUUCUCUUACAAUGGCAAUGGCGCCCACCUGAGAGGUGCCGGAACUGAGUUCCAGUGAAUUCUGGCUGGGAAAAAAGCCCUGACUAUAAUUUCCCUUGUGGCAGGUUAUUAAGAGUCAGGAAGAAGUGUGUUUAUGUGGCUGUUGGACAUAUAUGCAGGAGAAGCUAUAGAGAUUUUGGUGUUGUUGUUUUAGUUCCUACAGAUGCUCUGGCAAAUAAGCUCUUUGGUGUGCCAGAGCCUUCAACCAUUGCCCGAUCUUUGCCAACAACUGUGCCAGAAUCCCCAAACUAUCGCAAUGCCAGGACUCCCAGGACUCCUCGCACACCUCAACUGAAAGACCCAACACAGACGCCCCGUUUUUACCCAGUGGUUAAGGAAGGCAGGUUGAUAGAUGCCAAGGUAAGUCUUGCAUACCAAAAGCUUUGCCUAUGCCAAAUGCAUGUGCUUAUGCUCAAUGUAUCUGUGAUUCUUCUUGACUUGGAGACUGUAAGAAAUACCAGUCUCCAUUAUGUCAACUGAGCCCCUGCUUCUUGCAGACGCCCCGGAAGAGGAAGACACGGCACAGUUCAAAUCCUCCAAUGGAAUGUCACGUUGGUUGGGUGAUGGAUUCCCGGGAGCAUAGACCUCGAACUGCAUCCAUAAGGUACUACAAAGACAGGCAGUUGAUAAUUCUCAGUGAAGUUUUAAAACAGGUGGCAGGGGGCAUUAGAUACAGAUGAAAACAGAUUUAUUUAUUUAUUUGCAAAAGUUCUGUUUUUUUCACUCCCUCUUCUCCAUAUUAACUUAGUUUUCAGCAUUUUCUCAGAAACAUGCUUGCAGUCAGAGAAAAUCCCCUUCUGAAGUUUAGUUGAACCUUAUGUCAUUUCUGUAGCAUUCUGAAUCCUUCAGUAAUGCUUCGGAGUGCUUCUCUGACUCAAGUGUUUUCUCCUUGCUCAGUUCCAGCCCCUCAGAAGGCACACCAGCCAUUGGCAGCUAUGGCUGCACUCCACAAUCGUUGCCCAAGUUCCAGCACCCCUCCCAUGAACUCCUCAAGGAGAAUGGCUUCACACAACAUGUCUACCACAAGUAUCGCCGGCGCUGCCUUAAUGGUGAGUUGUAUAGAUACACUUGAAGUUGUCUAGAUACUUGGCUUUUAUGCAGGCCUUGAUAGCAGUCAAGCUGGUGCUGAAGACAGCAAUCAUUUUUCUUAGUACAGUCAACUCGUAACAACUCAUGCAAUUUCAGCUUUAUGCAGCUGGAAGCCUGCCAGUUGAAAUCACACAAAUUAAAUGCACAGAAGGCAGGGAGCUUGAAAGCUUUUUGUGCAGGGUUUCCCAAUGUGAAAGUAACUUUUAAGCGCUCUGCCUUGCUCUGGGAGGCUCUCGUGAGAUCUUGUGUGGCUGUCCAAGAUCUUGUGAGAGCCUCCUGCGGCCUGGAAGGGCCGGGGGCAUGGAGGAUGACCUGUUUGGCAUGCUGGCUCCAGAAGGUAAGAUUGCUUACGCAGGAGUGAUUUCAAGGGGUUAUUCUGACUAUGCCCGCUACCCCCAGAACGUAACCCAUGCGUAAGAUGCAAGUUGACUGUAAGGCAAAUGCUAGAACUGUAUGUUUAUGAUAUAGUAUACUUUCUGAGUGGGAAUGAUAGACUCACCAGAGCAGGAAUAGCUGGUGCUCCUCUAGCAGAAUGUGAGCAGAUAAUCAGAUGGCAUCCAAAACUUGCAUUCUUGGGUCUGUUUUGCAGCACACUGUCCGGUGCUGAAUUUAGCGGCUUUUCAGCAUUUCUGAAGAAGUUUAGUGAUCUGUGAGCAGCACAUCUGCAUGAUCUACAGCAGGCAUGGACUCUAGUAAUCUGGAGGAAGGACAUCUGUGUUCUACACAGUUCUGUGACAAGAAUGUGACUGAGUUGGUUAUAUUAUAUGAUGUUUGAAGCCUUGCAAAUCUAGUUUCUCCUUAAUUUUAAAGCCAUUCUAUUUCCAGUAGUCAUAGGAUAGUUUCAAAGGUAGCUAGUCUUUGCUCCUUGCAGAAUGAUGACGUAGACUAAAGGAAUGUCUACAUAUACUUGACUCCAAUAUGGAAAAGGAUCGGGCAUUCCCUGUGCUAAGGAAUAAAUAGAAUACCAGUGGUUUUUUUGUUUGAAAGGGGAGAUACUACGAUGGAAUCAUGGAGAACCAGGGGAUUUUAUGAUCCCCACUUUCAGGACAGGAUGCAGUGUUUUAAUUUGGGUGUACCAUAAGCUGGUUCUUAUGAGGUUUGCCUCUUUCCCCUUGAACAGAGCGGAAGCGACUGGGCAUUGGUCAGUCCCAGGAGAUGAAUACGCUCUUCAGAUUCUGGUCGUUUUUCCUUCGUGAUCAUUUCAACAAGAAAAUGUACGAAGAGUUCAAGCAGUUGGCCUUGGAAGAUGCAAAGGAAGGGUACAGGUAGGUCCUUGUGUCUUCAGAGCACCACCAUAAGGUGGCUUGCAUAUUAAAGGGUGGAAAGGAGAAAUGUGGGCUAGCUUAAAUUGGUGAAUAUGGGGGAGCCCUUGUCUUCUGCAGGAAACAUGAGAUGUGUAAUUUAUCGGGACUUAAUCAGGAAGAGAAAUGCAGCGUGGAAGGCUCUUGGGGAGGAAAAGGGUACGGUUGGAGGCAAAUGUUGAUGAGGUGGAUGUCAUGGUCUUGCAGGUAUGGACUGGAGUGCCUUUUCAGAUAUUAUAGCUAUGGACUGGAGAAGAAAUUCCGACUUGACAUAUUUAAGGAUUUCCAAGAAGAAACUAUAAAAGAUUAUGAAGCUGGUAAGUGGGGGGUCUGACUGGCUGGUAUUCCAGGUGCUUCCUUCUGUGCCAUUGCGGUGGCAGUGAUCUGUGAGGAAUGAUGCCUUGAAUCGUUCAGCCUGUCUUUCGACUAAAAACAUUCUUCUGUGAUUCCAGACCCCUAAUAUAAUGGGGGUUCUGAGGACAUUGCGUGGUAUCCAAAUCUUUAUUAAAGGAUCUUGAACAUGUUACAGCAGCCUGUCUUGUGGGGACAUGAUCACCCUUCUUGCUUUUAGAGAAGUCUCCCUUCCAGCAAAGGACUGGCACAUUUCUUGACCCUCGUUCUUUCCCUUGAGCACCACUGCUUCUAGCACUGUUUAGAUACUGUUAACAUGCAGCAAUUUGUAGUUGCAGAAGAAUUCUAUUCUGACAUUUGGCUAGAUUGCCGUUGUUUAUUCAUUCCAGCUUUUUACCGAAACUUGAUAGUUACAGCUUUCCUCCUUUUCCCUUCCACUGUUGCUAAAUGAGAGAUUUUGGAAACUUCUUUGAUGACAGGGUCUGACUUGUGUCUGUUUUGCUCCUUGUCUUAAUAGGGCAGCUUUAUGGGCUUGAAAAGUUUUGGGCCUUCUUAAAAUAUUCCAAAGCCAAAAACUUGGACAUUGAUUGCAAAUUGCAAGAAUACCUCAGCAAAUUCCGACGCCUUGAAGACUUCCGAGUGGAUGUAAGUAGAAGUAACUGUUUCUUGUAGUUUUCUACUAGACACUUGUAAUGGAUGCAUCUUGUAGACCUGCAGGGGUCCAUGGUGAAUGUAUCUUUUAAACAAAAGUUUACCUUAAAUUCAGGUGUACAAAAAAAUAUAAUCUCAACUUUUAUAAUCACAUAUUAUAAACAAUGCAAUAUCUCAGUAAAGCCACCUAUUUAAAUCUGCUUAAGUUAGUUUGUCAGUUAAUAAACAUUUUCUGAACCCUCAAUUUUUAUAUUUAUAACUAUUUAUGUAUCAAAUAGUUAUUGUGCCUAUUCUUUAGCACAGAAUGCAUAUUUAAAUGCACACAUUUUACAACUCAUUAUAAAAUAAGUGUGAAAUUUGAAGGAUAUUUGUGUUUUAAUCAGUAUAUUGAUCUAUGAGGUGUGAAUGAGAUCGGUUCUCUUUAAAAUGGAACAAAAUUCUCAUCCAACCUUAAUGCGCGGACACUACUAAAACAUUGUGUUUGAGGUAACAGACUUCCAUAUAACUUAAUAUCUCUGAUGGCUCAUUCCUGUAUGAAAGUUGGCAUUCAUUGUUGUGAUCUUCAGGUGGUUGUGCAUCAUUGAACAGCACCCUAAGUCUCUCCCUGUGGUAUUGCACUGAAGGGGGAGAAAUUACUGCUUGAACCAUCUCUUUGCUGUCUUACUGAUUGCCCAGUUUUAGUAUUGUGACCAUCUUAUGAUUUGGUCAUAGUCCACGUCCACACCAGAAAUAAAAAUGGGUUAAUGAUUCUGGCUUGAAGGCAAACUGUGGUUUAUGAUAACUGUAGUUUGUCCAAUUCAGACGCCACAGCAAAAUCUCUUUGCUGCAAACUGGUAAGUGAGGUAGAAAAUCAUAGUGCAAAGAAUGCAUAAGUUCAAAGUGCAGUUCCCAAGGGCAAACCUGAACCCGACUUAAUUCUGUAGCCUGUGGCUGGAAGUAGUUGGUCAGAUUAAUUGGAAGUACAGUAGCAGCAGCAUCCACUGGCACGGGGACUGAUUACAGCUCUGUUGAGAGGCACAGUCCAAUUCAUUUCAGUCACCUCUCACAUUCAUCCUCUCUCUCUCUCUCUCUCUCUCUCUCUCUCUCUCUCUCUCACACACACACACACACACACACACACAGUCACUCCUUAAAUUUCACCUCUAAUAUCUUCAUAUUGUCCAUUGCCUUAUAUAAACGUUGCUUUAGAAUCUCAAAAAAGCCUUCCUAAAAGAACACACAGGGCAGUCUUGUUACUCAGAGAGGUGUUCUUCAAAGCCUUGUAUUCAGCUGACACAACUAGAGCUAAUUGUAUCUGAUAUUCUCACUUGCUUACCUUCUCUCCCUUUUCUAUCUCUGUAUGGGAGAAUCUUUCAUCUCCUGUACUUAUCCCCAACCCAAAUUGUAUGGUACUUUUGCAUCAUUACUUUAGCUGCUAUCCGCAUUGUGUGUUACCUUUAGUUCAGUUCCUGCUUGUUAGCUAUCUUCUAUUUUGUUUUUGGUGAACAACCAGGAUUUGGGGAACCUUUACUUUAAAUGAAGCAUGCUUGAGAGGGAUGCCCAAGUGCUACAUAAUUAUUUAUUUUCUGUUACAGCCCCCUAUAGGGGAAGAAGGUGGCCACAAGAGAUACCCAGCAGCAUUGGGAGUCGAUGGAAGGAAGCGAUACCCAUCUCAGUCUUCCAGCAAACCUGUCACCCAGACCCCAUCCCAUCAAGUCUCUGUCUCAUCCAACCAAGUCCCCACCUCAUCUAGCCAGCCUGUUCAGGAGGAUGCCAAAAACCUGAGCCAGCCACAUGCAGUUUCUACAGCAACUGUAGAAACGCAAACAAUAGGGAAAUAAGACACACCAGAACUUCCAAUGGAAAGGGGGCAGGGACACUUGAGGGAGUUGGAAUGUGGGCAUCCAAAACCAGGCUGCUUACCAGAGGUGGGGACUACAACGCACACAAUUUCUCUUGCUGGCUGGGAAAACAAGACGAAGCAAGCUGAAAGCAUCCUUUUCUUCGCUGUGAUUAAGUUACUGAUUGGAGCCACAUCCACACAUUUUCACGUCUUAGCGCCUUUCUGGGGUAGGGUUGGGAAGGGGGAGAUUUUUAUAAAUAUAAAUAUAUAUAUAUCUAUAUCAAGUUUUAAAUUAUUGAUAGAAGUUUGUUUGGAUAAACCAAAACAAUUCUGCAUCAUGCGGCGACAUGAUCCAGCUCCUCCUCAUCCCACCGAUCAACUAUGCAGCCCACUUGAAAGAAGCUGGAGGCGGUGGGCCGGACAGUGUGGUUCCAUUUGGAAUUUGCCUUCGGCUUUCUAAGUCCACCAGGCGCCUGUCAUUCUGGUUAUGACAAUGCACAAGGAGUCCCUUUACCACCAUCACAAGUAUCACUUCUGUUACGGCUUCCCUUCCAUGCUGCACACCUUUUCCAUCACAGACUUGACUACUGGAAGUCAACCAAAGGACCCUAACGGAACAUGGGCCCACCUCGCAUUGGGCUCGCCCAGUUCCUUUGUGUGAUGGGUAGAACAUAAACUCGCACAGUGUCUCCCCUCACACAGGAAUGCUACUCUCAUGAUGAGACUUCGCUAAAACAGCUUUCUCUUACAAAACAAAACAAAAACAAAAAAACCCCACAAAAAACUUGUUUUAAAAAAAAAGUCUGUCUUUGCUUCCUUCCUUGAAAAUAAUAAGUUGCCUUAUUGUGGAGUUGGGAAAUUGGAGGCAUCCCUGACUUCUCUGAGCAAAUUUGGAACAUGGCAUCUGCUUGGGACUCAUCCGGGCUGUGAUAAUACCUACUGUUUCCGUGUCCAGUAGUGACUCUUGUCUGCAAUGGCUGGUGAUCUCCCCUCUGACCCAGCUGUGAUUUGCAUCGACUGGAACAGUACUGUUGAUUUCUAGGUGAAUGUUGUCUCAAGCCACCUAGACAGUUUAUCUCUGGAGAAGGGGGUACUGGAGCACUAAAAUCUAAGACUUCUGCUAUUGUGUAGUUGGUGCUGAUGUAAAUGUGUCAACUUUUCUAGUGCCCUUCCUGCUACAGCAACUACACAUGCUAUUGCCUCACUCAGACCUCCAGGUGCACUGCCAUUUUCCUCCCUCUCCCACCAGGGCAGGCCAGGCCAGGAACUAGCCUGUUGAUCUCAUGAACUCUUCCUAUCCCAUGGUAGGCAGGCAGAUGUGCCAGGAAUAGGUAAUUGCACAGAGAAGAUCCACUGGCACACAUCCUUGCUCUUUAAUAUAUAUGGUUGAAGAAUGUGUGUACAGAGAAAUGAGCUUUAAAGCAAACAAGGUGGGAUUUUUGUGUGUGGUGGUUUCCAAAAAAGAGGUGGCUUGCUAAGUGUUAACUUCCCUAUGCAGGCCCUCCCUUUCUGUAGACUCUUGAAUUACUGGCAUGCUAGCCUGCCUGCCUGCCUUCCCUGGGUUGACCAUGUAGCCACGGAGGACCCAGCUGUGUUUAGACUCUUCUCUAGCUACCAACACCUUGACUGUCUUGCAUCAUGAAAUCACUUCAUGUAUUGGAACCAUGUCCACUCAUCCUGUGUCAUAGAACUUUAUACAAAGCACCAUGAUUGACUUAACUGCUCUUGGGUUAACUGCUUGGAACUAAGUCUGAGACUAUUGGCAGUGUGUGACUGCAUGGCUCUUGACAUCUUAAAAGCAGCUGGUACUGGAGCUAUAGAAGUGAACUUCAGAGAAGAUGGAAGCAUAUGUGUACAGACAACUUGUUUCUGACAACAUGCUUUAUUGUUUCCUACAUUUUGUUAUAUUGCCUAAUGUACUGUCCCUGUUCUGCAAGCCAGAGAUUUUAGUAGGAGAUGGAAGAGCUGCGAUUGCUUGGUCAUUAUGCCACCCAAGCUUGCCCUGUGACUCUAAAGAGGGAUGAAUGGUGGUGGCAAUAUUUCUAUGUGGUCCUACACACAAUGGCCUGGCUCCAAACAGUCUCCACCCUUCUUUCCCAGUAACGCAUGAUGCUGGAGGCACUUCCAUGAUGCUGGAGGCUGAUACCUUCCUAUCUGCAGCCACUCACAUGCUCUGCUCUGGAGGAUCCCACAGCCUUUUCUGGGUGUGGAGACUUAUUGCCAUAAAGGGUGCGAAGGAGCACCCUUACGCUACUUUGGAUCCUAGACCAUUGUUAGGGGUGGGGAGAGGAAGAGGUGUGUGUCAUCAACACACAUUUUAGAGGUUACAUUGUAGGCCUGUUUCUCAGAUUUUUAACAUGCUGCAAAGAGUGUGGCAAUGAGGCCUGUGUCAGGUAAGGAUGUUUUUAUUCCCAGCCAGUUGGAGCAACACUUUUUUACUUUAGGAAUGCAGGGGAUAUGAUGCUAGGGCGGUUGGUUGAUUUCUGUCACUCCUCUUCUAGGAUGUUGGUACUGCAGAUGUAGAUAAUUGAGGACAUGGGCCUUACUGCCUUAGGAGAGCCUGUUGUGUCUAGCUAAUGUUAUUUCAUUUUAGCUGUGUCAAGCAUGCUAUUAAUGGGAGUUUGUUAUGGAGCAGUCUUGGGUGACCAUGCAGUUAACUUGUGCCCUGUGGUUCUAGUUUUUUGCUGCAUAAGUUGUGAUCCUGUAUUAUAUCAAACCCUCAGCCUCUCAUUGUGGUACCAUUAAAAGACAUGAGCAUUUCACCAGGUAUGGCAGAAUACCCACUGUGAGCUUUGCCGAGUGCAUUGCAGUAGCAGAACCAUGUUAACAUGGAAUUGGCAGUCAGAACUACUGCUGUCUUCUAAUUUCGCUAGUACAACAUGGUGCAAUGAAGCUGCUUUUCUUGUUUGGCAGGAUUUCAAUUGGUAAUGGGCUGAAAUCCUAACUUCUGUAACUUGAUCACAAUUCAGUUUUGAAUAAGGCAAAGCAUGUAUUGGGGAACUGCUGCUUGUGAGACAGGAGUAUGUGUUCAGGCUUGAUGACAUAGUGAGGUUAACCAGAGCAUUUUUGUUUAAAGGUUUCAUCUUUGAAAGGAAAUGGUCUUUGAACUUUCAUCCAUGAUGAGUGCUGAAGUCUUGCUCUAAAAAUGGUUUGUCUGUUUCAUUUCAGUGAUAAGCUGCUUGUCUUUGCUGAUGAAGAACUGAAGGCAAACAAUUGUUGGUGGUGUAGAAAAGCAUUCUGGUGUGGUAUAGGAGAUCAGUUAAGGAUGCAGGGUUAGUUUGUGGAAAGAGGAGAUAAGAAUCUCAUAUUGAUUCCUCUGUGGAUGUCCCAGGAUAUACCAUGAAAUGGGACCACAAAGUUCUUACCCACCGUUCAAGCGACAAGCUGAAGGUACUUGCUUACUUGAAGGGAGCGUAGCCUUUUGGAACCUUGAUGGGUCAGUCUCCUGCAUCAUCUUGACAUGACAAUGGCCGCAUGUGUUUGUAGACACGUUACUGUUAGUAUGCACAUCCAGUGCCUUGGCUGUUCAGUGCCAGAAAGUCAUAGCAUUAUUCCUAUAAAGAUGGUAUCCAGCUUUCUGUGUGAGUAUUGGUACACUCAGUUUUCACCACCCUGGUUCAAAGUUUCCCUACAAUUUGGGAAGAGAGUAUAGUAACGAUUUUGUUUCAACGUUAUGUCUUGGUUUUUAAAGCAGACCAAGUCAAUGGACACUGGUAUCCUGUCCCUCAAACAUAUGCAGUGGUAGUUCUAGUCUUGUUGUUUUUAGGAAGCCACCAGCUAUUGCCCAAUGUAUGAGACUUAGGUUAAAACAGAAAGUGUUUUCCAGUGGGAACUCAAGCAGUCUUAUAGGUAAGCAGGAUCUUUAAAGAAGUGUCAUCCUAGGUAGCUGACCUCUGGGCAGGGUAAUAGGGUGGGGGUCUGAAAUCUGGUUUAGGACAUACAGGGAAAGUAAGUGACCUUUAUUAGGUGUUGGUGCUCAGUCUGUCCUUAGCCCCUUUCUGCUCCUUCUCCCACUUUUGCAGCUGUUGGGUUGCUCCAGUUCUGUACUUGUCCAUCUUGCUUCUAGUUGGUUAGUUGAAUGUACCGUUAACACAUGACACAGUAACCUCAGUACUCUUCCAUAACAUUUGUGUUGUUGUUUUUAAUAGAGUAAUGGGAUGGGAGCCAUCUUUCAUGCCUUGCUCAUUUUUCUUUUAAGCAAAAACAAUCAAAUCUGUUAACGCAGCAAACUCUGCCGUGCUCUAUUAUCUCUCCAUAUGGAUCCUCUUCUGAAACUUGGAUUUGUCAAUAACUUUUUAAAAAUCAGCUAGGUUUUUAGAAGGGAUGGGUAGCUACAUUGUUAAAUGCCUCAGUUAUUUUUUUUAAUCAAAUUUCAUAUAUGAGUGGUUUUAUGGGGGGGUGGCGGGAAAUUUCAUCUCAGCAACAUGGGUUUGGACAAAGUGGUUUUUUAAAUUAAAAAAUUCUAAGGAUAACAUUUCUGUUAGUUUACAUUUUAACUUUCUGAAGACACUUGAACAUAGGACCGAUGUAUCUGUGAUGAGGACACCCUAUGGUUGGAAGCAUCGAAAGGGCAUGGGUUUAACCAUCCUUUUUUGGUUUUACAGACUUUGUUCUUCCAAGUCUGGCCUUCUGUUGCCCUUCUUUUUUGUUUAUUUCCUCAAUGGUAUUGUUCCUGUAUCUAUUUGUCCUCCUUCCCAGAAUAUAGAUCUUGGUACAACAGGGUGGUCUGGGUCACUGAUAUCCUUUGGAAAAUGGAUUUCAAUGUCCUUGGCAGAAGCUUUUGCCCACCAGAGCCUUCCUGCUGUAACAUUGCCAUGUGCUAUAAAACAGGAAUGGCUGAAUUCUCCUCUCAUCGUUGGCUUUGUCCCUGCAGUGGUGCACUACCGUGGUGGUUGGGAUUUCCAGCCUAUGAAACUGUGACUCAGAAGUCAACACUGAGCUUUAAAUGGUGGUGGUUGGAGCUUCCUUAGUGUGAAGUUGUGUUAAGCUGCUAAAAAAAACAAAAAACAACCCUUCAGAUGAGGAACCUGCAAAAAGAUGCAAUGAUUGUUUUGUAUAGAUGUCUGAUAACGCCAUCACAGUAGGAAAAGAACCAUCAGUUUGUUUGGUUUGCUUGCUCUGCCUGAGCAGGCUUGUAUGUAUUCAUGCUCCAACCUUGCCCCUUCUGCUAAAACAAAACCCCAGAAGUGUUUGUAAUCACUUUCAGCUGUAUUUAUUAUUGAGAGAACUUUUAAACCAACUGUUACCGUAUAUCACCUGGGAGGAAAAGAUCUUGUUAAUAUGGCCCACCAUACACAAUCCCAUCUGUUAAUAGUAUGUAAAUCUUAACCCAUGUGCUAGGAUCAUCAUCACAUUGGGGGAGGGGGAGGGGGGACAGGGGAAGGAAGAGGAAACAAAUUGUAAAAUACUUGAAUGAGAGCCUGUAUUAUAAACAGUAAUAUUAUUCAGAGUAUCUGCUUUCUAGGCUGAUGUGACUCAUUAUUCUAGUAGUGCUUUAGUCCUUUGUAAUUUGUGGUAAUUAUGCUUUUUCCUUUUUAAUACAAAAAUGUAUAAAAAUAAAAACCUCAAAAGACCAUGC